AUGCCAUUCCGAACUACUUUAAUUCCUUUGGAAAAGUCUCCUGCAAAGGAAUCACCAGCCAGGACCGAGAUCCACUCCAGAAUAGGAGCACUGCCACGAAAGAGGAACCAGAACAAGGAACCAGGAACUAAGUAUCAAAAGAGAACACCUGAAGCGACUACCGUACCACUUAGCAGAUCGACCUCCUCCGCGACAAAAAUAAGGAAGCCAUCUCCAGCAGACUGGUCCAGAUACAGGAUCUCUAGCAUGCAGAAGAACCAGGCAGGACACGACACAGACAAAACAGGUCAGGAAAGCUGCAAAGUCCACUCCACGAACUCCAAGUGCCUACGGCCAUCUGUCAGGGUGGCAGUAUGGAAACUGGGACCCCAGAGUGCCUGAUGAGAAGUUGGGAGUCUUCAGCGUGGAAGUAGAUUAGCAGGGUCUGGUUCAGGGUAACCGCACGCAACCUGGUGUUGAGCACCAGCGUUUGUGCGGCCACAUACCAGGACUCCCCAUCCAACUAUCGUCCUAUCUCGCUACUGCCUUUUGCAUCCAAGAUCCUUGAAAAAAUUGUGUAUGCGAGAUUGACAGACGUCCUCGAGUCCAACUCUUUGCUAGACCUGCUUCAGUCUGGUUUCCGCGCUAAGCACUCUGUGGAAACGGCACUGACCAAAGUAUCCAAUGAUCUACUUGCUGCAAAAUCUCGUGGUCACUACUCUAUCCUAAUUCUCCUUGACCUGUCUGCGGCUUUUGACACUGUUGAUCAUCAACAGCUUCUUCUCAUCCUCCGCAAUAUCGGUCUACAAGAUAUUGUUCUCUCCUGGUGCUCCUCCUACCUCUCCCAGUGCUCUCUCAGUGUUUCUUUCUCUGGCUCUGCUUCUUCUCCCCAACUCCUCUCUGUUGGUGUCCCACAAGGUUCAGUCGUUGAUCCCCUACUGUUCUCCAUCUAUACUGCCUCCCUUGGUAAACUCAUUAGCUCCUUUGGCUUCCAAUAUCAUUUCUGCUCGCAAAUCUACCUGUCCUCUCCUGAUCUCUCCCCGUCCCUCUUGACUAGUGUCUCUGACUGCCUCUCUGCUGUUUCUAACUGGAUGGCUGCCCACUUCCUUAAACUAAACUUGACCAAAACUGAAAUUCUAGUCUUUCCUCCCUCAAGAGUUGUAACUCCUGUGUCUGUCUCCCUCCAAGUCAACGGUGCUACCAUCAGCUCCACCACGCAGGCUCGCUGCCUAGGUGUUCUCUUUGACUCCGACCUCUCCUUCAAGCCUCAUGUUCAAUAUUUCACCAAAUCCGGUCAUUUCCAUCUCAAAAACUUUGCUUGCAUCCGCCCCUACUUAACGCCAGAUGCGACUAAGGUGUUGGUCCAUAAGCCUUCUACGUAAUCCACUUCUCGAGGCUGGUCCACCCCAUCCCGCCUCACCCUUCUGUCGGUCCCUACACUGGCUUCCUAUAAACCAGAGCAAUUCUGCUUCUUGCUUUCCACAUUUCUACCUGUCUGCUCCCACCUAUCUAUCCUCCCAUAUACACAAGUAUGUCCCCUCUAGGCCUUACGAUCACCACAGAGACUCCCAAAUCUAUCAUCAGUACUCCACCUCUAUUCAAGAUUUCUAGGGGCUGCACGGAUUUCUUUGUCUUUACUUCCCUCAUAGUUCGUCUCUUAGUCUCCACUCCUUCAAAAAUGCGUUAAAAACCACUACUUCCAUAAGUGUAUCGAGAAUUAAACUGUUAGCUCCUGACUGAUUCCUCUUCUGCAACUGUCACUAGUCUAAUACUAUCCUUACCUUUUUGUGUCAUUUUACCCCACUCCCUCUUGCAUGUAAGCUCAUUGAGCAGGGCCCUCAACCUCUCAGAAUUUGAUGGCGCCCUAUAAAUAUUAUAAUAAUAAUAACAUGAACAGAACAUAGAAACAUAGAAUGUGACGGCAGAUAAGAACCAUUCAGCCCAUCUAGACUGCCCGAUUUUCUAAAUACUUUCAUUAGUCCCUGGCCUUAUCUUAUAGUUAGGAUAGUCUUAUGCCUAUCCCACGCAUGCUUAAACUUCUUUACUGUGUUAACCUCUACCACUUUAGCUGGAAGGCUAUUACAUACAUCCACUACCCUCCCAGUAAAGUAAUACUUCCUGAUAUUAUUUUUAAACCUUUGCCCCUCUAAUUUAAAACUAUGUCCUCUUGUUGUGGUAGUUUUUCUUCUUUUAAAUAUGGUCUCCUCCUUUAUCUACAAGACAGGACUGUACAUGGACUGGGAAUACAAAAUAAAACAAGACAAGAUAUGAUAGGCAAAACAAGAGGAGACAAAACUAAGUACUAUAUAUGAAAACUAUGGGGAUUUAGUUACAUUAUAUGAUCAUACAUUGCAUAAGCCUGCCACAACGCCAAUGUACCCCAUAUUUGGCAGGUCCUACUCUGCCUAAUGUUCGCUAAAAGAACCAUAAUAAAACACAUAUAGCAGGAAGUUGCUACUUACACUAGAAUAUCAAAAGGAAAAACAUAUAUAGAAUAGUCCAUGAAAUGUUUUACCUGAGUUAUAUGGAGCUUAUCUAGGUUUGGUUGAUAAUUAUAGCAGAGGUUCUCAACUGUGCCUUCAUGGGCACCUAAGAUUUGCAGGUACUGUCUAUACAGUCUAUAUGUCUAGCUGUCAUAUAAGAUAGUAAAUACCUAUGCUAUGCCUUCAAGUGCCGUCAAAGAAGAGUUUUGAAAUAAUCUAAAGUCUUUAGGAUGCCAACAUAAGUUAUCUUCUGAGCCGAGCCCUGACGCGUGUUUUGCUAGGCAGGCUCUUCAGAGGGAAUAAAUGAGAAUGGACUUGUAAGUUAUUUUUAUAUCGGGUUAGAAGGUUCCGCUUGGUUAUCCCCUUCUGACCAAUUAGUGGGUUUAGAAACAUAGAAACAUAGAAUGUGACGGCAGAUAAGAACUAUUCGGCCCAUGUAAUCUGCCCGAUUUUCUCAAUACUUUCAUUAGUCCCUGGCCUUACCUUAUAGUUAGGUUAGCCUUAUGCAUAUCCCAUCCAUGCUUAAACUCCUUUACUGUGUUAACCUCUACCACUUCAACUGGAAUGCUAUUCCAUGCAUCCACUACCCUCUCAGUAAAGUAAUACUUCCUGAUAUUAUUUUUAAACCUUUGCCCCUCUAAUUUAAGACUAUGUCCUCUUGUUGUGGUAGUUUUUCUUCUUUUAAAUAUGGUCUCCUCCUUUAGUGUGUUGAUUCCCUUUAUGUAUUUAAAUGUUUCUAUCAUAUCCCCCCUGUCUCGUCUUUCCUCCAAGCUAUACAUGUUAAGAUCCUUUAACCUUUCCUGGUAAGUUUUAUCCCGCAAUCCAUGAACCAGUUUGGUAGCCCUUCUCUGAACCCUCUCUAAGGUAUCAAUAUCCUUCUGAAGAUACGGUCUCCAGUACUGUGUACAAUACUCCAAGUGAGGGCUCACCAGUGUUCUGUACAAUGGCAUGAACACUUCCCUCUUUCUACUGCUAAUACCUCUCCCUAUACAACCAAACAUUCUGCUAGCAUUUCCUGCUGCUCUAUUACAUUGUCUGCCUACCUUUAAGUCAUCAGAAAUAAUCACCCCUAAAUCCCUUUACUCAGAUGUUGAGGUUAGGACUCUAUCAAAUAUUCAUUUAGGAAUGACUGACCGUUCCUUUCUAAAAUUUCUCUGAACAAUUUCUAACCAGCUGUCUGGUAUUUUUAGAGGGAUCAUUUUAAAAAAUAUAUGUCUACUUGGGGAGAAUAUAAGCAUUGAUGAUAUUAAUUCUACCCAACCAGUUUAGAAAUGUAUUAUUCCACUUUUUUAAUUAGGUUUGUUGAUCUAAUCAGUUUCAAGACAUUCUCUUCAACAAUUAUAUUUGUUUUGUCAGAAAGUGUAACACUCAAAUACUCAAAACUCCCAUUAGCUUCUCUAAAGCUAUGCAUUUCUAAUAUUUGGUAUUUUUUUUGUAUCAGCAUCACAAUUUAUGAACAUAACCACCGAUUUUUUUUUUUUUUUAUCUAUAUUUAUCUUGUAAUUAGAUAUCUCACUAUACUGGGCAAUCUCAUUAAUUAAAUGUGGGAUGGAAGCAAUGGGGUCAGUCAAGGUUAUUAUCGUGUCAUCUGCAUACAUGCACAUCUUAAGAUCUUUUGAGGCUACUGGAAUCUUCACUUUUUCUUCACUCUACUUGCUUGAAUAGCUUGUUGUUUCAUUUUUUAAAAGAAUAAAAGACAACUACCAGAUCUUUCAGACUUAUUUCUGGAAUAUCUGGCAGUUUUCUCACACGAUAUGCUUUUUCUAUCACAAGUUUUUUGUUUUGGAUGUUGAUGUCUAAGGCUAAAAGAAAUUUGAGCACAAAUUAUUUUGUAUUUUCAUAAGUAAUGGAUUCAGGGAUAUUUUUCAGUCUGAUGUUCUUUAUUUUUUGCCUAUCUUCCAAUAAAUGUAUUCUUUGCUCCAAGGUGUUUUAAUAAUUUUUCAUUCUUUCUUGCACCUCAGUGACCGUCUUGUAUUUCAUAUUUUUCUUCCAUCUUCGUUAUUUUUGCACCAAUUUCUUCUAUUUAUAGUUUUAGUUGACAUGUGCUAUUAUUAAUUUAUUUCAGUUUGAUUUUGAUAAAUUCUUGCAAAUUAUAUGUUGAAUUUCUCCUAUCCUCCAUUAAAGAUCCUUCUGAUAGCGAAUUAUCUCCACCUUGCUUGUUUUGGGGAGAGAAAAAAGCUGAUACUCCUUUGACUUGUUUGGUGUCUUUAAGAUCUUUUUUUCUUCGAAUCUUUUCAGUAGCCAUUUUAUUUCAAUACUUUGUUUAGCGACUCUUUUUUUUUGUUUUAAAUCUUGAGAUUCUGUUUCUUUGCCCUUUUUAUCGUUCUUUAUAUUUUAUCUUUCCUCUUCCUUCUUUCUUUUCUCUUCCCACCUUCAGCUUCUGGGCACUUCUUUGUACUAGUAUGUGCUAUUGGAUGAUAUUGUAGCAUAUAACAAAAAUGGGGAUGUUUGUAGAGUCUUUUUCCGAGUAGUUAAUUUUAGGCUGUCAUAUAUUUCCCUUUAGGGAUCAUAUCAAAUUAACUUAAUCUUUAUUUCUCCCUCCUCUCCUCACCACACAGAGCAGAUUAGGGGAUAUUGUGUGUGUGUUCCACCUGCACUGUGAAUGUUUACAUGGUGUGUUCAAUAAAAACAUGGCAACAUUUCAUUCUUUGUGUGUUAUUAGUUUAAGCAGACUGUGAUUGUCUAUUGUUGUGACUUAGAUGAUGAUCAGAUCACAUUUUAUGACCAAUUUGUGCAGAAAUCCAUAUCAUUUCAAAGGGUUCACAUACCUUUUCUUGCAACUGUAUAUAUGUCAGUAUAUACCAGUUAAAUGCAAGUUAUCUGCUGUUAUUUUAUUUUCUCAGAUUUUCCAGUUUUAAACACUUGUAAGCUACUUGCUUUUAGCUUGGAUUUUCUGGGCCUUUUUUUCAACUGUCAGCAAGCUGCCUUUAUUUUGUUUGGCCAGAUCUCCUAAGUGUCUUGCAUAAUCCAAUCAAGACUACCAGUCACUGGUUGCCCUGCAAAGCGCUUCUAGUUGUCGGCUCUAAUCUCCUGCCGUGAUCCCCUUAACACGCCGCUGCCUUGUGGUGUAUUCUACCGCCGGUCCAUUCACCCCCUAAACCCUGCCUCCUGUUACGUGGUUAUGGUCCUGUAUUCACGUCAUCAUGUCCACUCCAGCCACCCGAAUAAAUAUUGGUCCCGUAACACUUUUAUAAUUCUGUCCUUUACUGUGAAAUAAUGUAAAUGACAGAUAAUGUCUCUUGGUGCUUCUGUAGCGGUACCUUUUGGUCUAAGUGAUCUAUAUGCCCUGUCAAAUUUAAUGGGUGUCUAGCUGGGGUCACCCAAUAGCAAGUUGAACAUUUUCAACAGUGAUGCACUUAAAUCUUCAUCUUGUGAUUCUGAGAGGCCGCAUAUCCUCAAAUUCUUGCGUCGCCAUCUAUUGUCAAGGUCAUCCAUGCAUCGUUGGAGAACGGUAAGUAACUGCGAUUGCUUUUCCAAGGAUUUGGUUAAUUGCAAUAUCUGUGAGUUGGUCACGUUUCUCUCCUCUUCCAACUCAGUGACCCUGUGUCUCAUUUGGUGGAUGUCGGUGCCUAGUGCAUCUAAUUUAGUUUGGAACAAGGUUUCCAGCUUACCCAGCAUAGUAGCCAGGUCUGCCUUAGAAGGUAGUAGUUUCUCCAUGGGUAUACCUGCUAAAUAGGUCUCUCGAUGGUUGGACCAGGAGGGAACAAAAAUUGGUGCAUAAGAUAACCCUAAGCGCGCGCCGUGCCAUAGCGAUUGCGUGGCUCUCUCCGUAAGGCCCGGAAUUCUCCGGAGUGAUAACUAGGAUUAGAGAAUGUAGAAUAAUGGAUGACUUAACUGCUAGAGUGCGGGGGACAAUGGCGUCGUUUCAAAAGAUUUGGGAGCCAUGGGACAGUAGUCUACUGGGCUCGGGCAGUGCUUGACAGCACCUUGUCCUGUUGUAGAGGGUACUCCCUUGGCCUGGGCCACCUGUGCCGCCUUAUGGUAGUGCCAGCCCUGACUAUCCCCAAUAGCCAUGCUGUUACUUGAGGCUCGGGCUGCUCUGGGACAAUCCCAGUGGGUGCCAGCUGCUGACAGGCCUGGCUGUGAGAGCGACUUUGGGGCAGCGCCUGUGUGACUACGAAAUCUGGCCUGCUGCUGCCUGAGAUACAACAGCCCAGAUUUCUAAAAUUUAAUAUAUACACUCACAUUACCAUAAACUGCAUAAUACAUACAUUCAUACACUGCCCAAUACAAACACACACACAAAGUGCCUUAUACAUACAUACAUGCGCACUGCCUAAUACAUAAAACACUCUGUUUAAUACACACACACACUGCCAAAUACAUCCAUCACACAUACAGACUGCUUGAUCCACACACAAAUUGCAUAAUGCAUACAUACACACUCACAUUCACAGACACACACCCUGCCUAAUACAUAUACAUAGUGCCUAAUACACGUACACACACACACUGCCUAAGGCAUACACACACUGUCCAAUACAUACAUACACACACACACACACACACACUAUUUAAUACAUACAAACACAACAAGCAGCCCUCCCCCUUACAUUCACAAGUGGAGGUUGUAAGCAGCCCAUUAUCAGAAUAAAUAAAUUUUCUAAGCGCAGGGUAGGGGGCGGCAGCUCAUGGACGUUGUGCCCUCUCUGUACAACGCUCUUUUGGAAUCAUGACGUCUUUCCACAUCCUGACGGGCGGCCUUCGUACUCCAUCCCUGCCGGCAUGUGUUCAUGUGGGGGCACUCCAGACAGACGGUAAUACAGAUUUAAACUAUUUAUCUAACCUAUUACAGUUUUUAUUCCACUUUAAAAAAGGAAUUAGUUAAAAUAUUAAGUAUUAGUUAUGUUUUAAACAAUCAGCACAAUUUCACUACUUUUCAUAUAAUAUCAUACUUUAAACAAAGAUAUGCACACAGUUAAGAAUAAUAACGUCCCUUUUAGAGAAGGGAAACUACCAAAACAGUUGAUGUUCCUUGUGUAAUAAUUCUUCUUGAUGGCAGCGAAACUUUGAUAAUCCUAUAGAUAAAAGACGAUGAAUUCUCUCAGAGCCGGAUUCAUUACUCCUACUACUGGCUGAAAGAACUAUCCUCUAUCUUCAGGCUAUAUAACAAACCUCUCGUCUUUUGAUUAGAAGGUGUUGUAUAAGAUGUAUUUGCAGUAUUUAUUAAGAUCUAUGAUUCACAGAUUUUUGCAAGUGCAUCUUUAGUUAUCUUCAGUCAUGUAUUUUUCUAUUUGUCACUCGAAUUGACAAAAUCAUUAGUUGCAUUAGGUUUUUAGCAACUGUAAAGUGAGUUUUUCUGUUAUGUAAAAUUAUCAAAAAUGACAUCUAAAAAUUUUAUUUUGUAUUACUAGCAGGGGGUUUAAAGCUUGCUGCCAUUUGGAGGAAAACAACAAACUUUACAACUAAAGUACAGUUAAUUUUUGAUACUCAUUCAUACUCAUUAAUAACCUUUACCACCUGUUUUAACUUUUUUUUUCUUUUUAAUUCUUUAUUUUUGAAGUUUCAUAAGUUUUUUUCAGGUGUGAGGGUAACAGAAAGAAAAAAGGGAGGGGUAACUGUAUGUGUUUACAAGAGUACAAUUCCAGGGAUUUCACAAUGACAAUUGUAAUUAUAGUGUCUUGCAUUAUGAAGUCUCAUUGCAUGUAACCAUCUUAAGUUGCUAAUUGCCAUACAUUUUUCAGGAUUGAGGAUAACAUAGUAGAAAAGGGGUGUGGGGAUGAUCUUCACAAACUUCCUCUCUUUAGCUUUCUCAAGUUUCUAGUUCUAUGUUUUGAGUUGUACCGCCUGGUUUCUGUUUUGUGGGCUGCUAGACUCGGUGGUACGUAGGCCUGGGUUUAUAGCUUCUUGAGCGUGCUUGUUCUUGUUUAUUGCCUGAAGUAGUGGCGACAUUGUCCGUCAGGUCUGUUACGUUACAGAGGGGGUAAAGGGGUACUAAACUUGGAGGUGGGGGAGGGUUGUGGGUAAACUGAGAGGGGUAGUCUCCCUGGACCAGUGUGGGGGUCUCCCAAAUGUCUUCAGGUCGCUUUGUGGUGUUUGGUUUUAUGCUGGGUGUAAUGUGUGUUCAGGUCGGGUGGUGUUCUUAUGACUCGUGGGUGUAGGUGAGUGACCUUGGGAUGUGGAAGUGUUUCAAUUGGGUAGUGUAAGGUAGCCAUGUGGGGUGUAUGAGGAGGGUGUGGGAUUGGGGGAGGAGGGGUCAUAUCGUUCCUCUUCCCGUUCCCCCCGUCCCGUCAUUGCCAGCCAAACUAUAUUGCCAUCCAUGGGUCCCAGAUCUUGUGAUAAGAUCUAGUGUUUUUUCGUGGAUCAGUGCAGACAGUUCAUCCAUUUCCAUUGCCUCCCCAAUCUUUCUCCUGAACUCUGGAGUGGCCAGAAUCUCCGGGCUUCCCCAGUGUGUAGCUAUUGUUCUACGUGUUGCUAGGGCUACCUUUGCCACCAGCUUGUUUUGUGCUUGGGUCAGGUUUUUGUGGGGUUUUGACAGCAACCAAAUCCAGGGAUCUAAGGGGAUAUCGGUUUGUAGUGCUCUAGAAGUGGUAGUGGCUAUAUCUUUCCAAAGUUGGAAUAUAUGCCUGCACUCCCACCAUAUAUGGACGUAUGUCCCUUUCUCGCCGCACCCUUUCCAGCAUCUAUCUGAAUCUGUUUGUUUCAUUUGUUUACGUCUCAGGGGGGUGAGGUACCACCAGAGCAGAGUUUUAACACAGAGUGGUUUACACAGAUGGUGACUGUCACCGUGGCCUCCCAUAUUUUGGCCCAAUCCGAAGGGUCUCCUGGGGGGCCCAGAUCUCUUUCUCAGGCCUUCACAUAGGAGAAGGCUUCGGGGGGGAUUCUAAGUGUCAUGGUGUUGUAUAGACUGGAUAUUUGGCCCUUGUGUAUGGGGUUGUUCAGGCAUCCCAUUUCGAAUGCCGUGGGCCUUGCUACUGCCGCGGCGAUGCCGGGGGUGGAUAGAAAGCUUCGGAGCUGGAGGUAGCGGAAGUAAUCAAAUGUAUUGUAUGGUGUGUCGUGUGGUAGGUCUGGGAAUUGGAGAAGACGGUUGUUUUGGUAGAAGUGGCAGAUCCUAGUGAGCCCGUUGUCUUGAUAUUGGACAAAGUGUUGGGGCGUCAUUCCCGGGGCAAAUUAAGGGUUUCUCAGUAUGGGCAUUAGGGGUGAGGGUGUGUUAAUGAGGUCAUAUUUAUCUGUAACCCUAUUCCAUGUAUGGAUGGCUGUCAUGAGGGCUGGUGUCGUGAUUGGUGUCUGUGGUCUAUGUUGUUUCGGUACCCAGAGGUAAAGUGAUGGGAACUCUCUUCCAAAUAGGUCAUGUUCUAGGUCCACCCACCUUUUAACUUUGGAGGGGAGUGUAUGGUUUGGAUUUGUGCCAAUUGGGAUGCUUGGUGGUAGUCCUAGAAGUUCGGCAGGCUGAGACCUCCUUUUUUGCGUGGGAUGUAUAGGGUGAGUCGUUUGACUCUGGCUCUUUUCCCUGCCCAGAUGAAUUUAUCUAUAUGCAUUUGGAGGGUUUUAAAGUCUGCUCUAGAGAUUAGUAUGGGGAGGGUUUGGAACAGAUACAGGAAUCGUGGGAGUAGGUUCAUUUUAAUCGCUGCUAGUCUACCCAGCCAAGAGAUGGAUAGUGUUUGCCAUGUCUGCAGAUCUCUUUUGGCCUGGUCUAGUAAUGGGGGGUAGUUCAGUCGGUACAUGGAUUGUAAGUCCGCGGGUAGGUAGAUUCCCUCUUUAGCUUGUGCAUUAUGUCGGGAGAGGGAGUCAUGAUCGUAUAGGGAUGUGUAGAAUUGGAUGAAGGUCUUUGCUAUCUUUGCUAUUGGGCAGACUAGAUGGGCCGAAUGGUUCUUAUCUGCCGUCACAUUCUAUGUUUCUAUCUGUUCUGGUAGGUCUUGUGUUUGGCCGUCUGGGGUAGUGAUCGAGAUCAGGCGUUUGCAUUGCGUCUUCUUUUUAAGUCUAUGGACCAAAAGGGAAAUCCGCCUUGCUCGAUUUCUCAUUAAACAUCUGUCUUGUCCAUAGUAGUGCUUUUUUAGAGUCUUGGGCCAUGAACUUGUGAAUCGCCUGUUUGUGCUACUGUAUCUGUUGUAUUAGGUCUGGGCUGAAGUUUAGUUUGUGGGCUUGUUCCACUUUUCGAAGUUCUGUUAGGUGAUGGUCUAGUUGAGCCAGUUUUUGCUUUUUAUGGGCUGUGGCCGCUGAAAUGACACUGCCCCUGAUUGCUGCCUAAUGCGCUGCCUAGAGGGUGCCCUCUGAGGGGACCGAACCUUUGUUGAUUGUGAAAAGUUCCUGUAUGGCUUCUUUAAUUGAGUUUUUAAUGUGUGGGACAUGGAGCAGUGUUGGGUUCAGGCGUCAUGACCAUUGUUUGUUGGUGUGUGGGAGCGUUAUGGUUAUGGAAAUGUCUGCGUGGUCUGACCACGUGAUUUGUCCUAUCUCCGUAUUGUCUACGUGUUGUAGUAGGGACGGGAGGUCAGGAACAUGUCAAUGAGUGAGUAGGACGUGUGUGGAAUGGGAGAAGAAUGUGAAGUCCGUUGUCAGGGGGUGCUGGGUUCUCCACAUGUCUACUAGAUUUGUGUUUGUCAGGAAGGUGUGCAGCAAUUUGUCUGUUUUAGCCUCGGGUGGGGGUUGUUUUCCCCCUUGUUGCCUUCUUCGUCUGUCCUGUGGCAGAGAUGGCAUCACGUUGAGGUCCCCUCCCACCAGCUUGUGGUGGGAGGGGAACAAGCUCAGGUGAGCCUGUAGGGCCGUCCAGAAUUGCACAUUCGGGACUGUUGGGGCAUAAAUCGUUAUUAUCGCGUUAUCAUUAUUAUCGCGAACAGCCUCAUUGUUCUGAUGUUGAAGCAGCCUUUUAGCUGUUUCCAGUGCACCCGGACUGCCACCAUCUGCUCGACUCUUUUCUCCAGGACAGUUAUUAUGUGGACUUGUGCCUGACCAUGGGUUGCUUGAUCUCCUGUUUUUAUUUUGAAUGUUUCAGCACGUUCCAGGAGGGGGUGGUGUGGGAGGAAUUGGCUUGUAACUCGCGACUACACUACUCGGAUGAUUUCCUCUGUGUCGGUCCCGCAGGUUCGGAUGUAUGUGCACACCUUCUUCAUACCCUGGAGUCGGUCUCCCGGUUCCUAUAUCCCCUAAUAAGAUGGUGGGUCCACUUGUUUGAGUUUCUUGGGGAUAGGGAUUGAUUCAGUCACUGGGGAGUGUCGCUUGCCGGAGGAUAAGGUGUCGGACUUGCGCGGCCCAGUUUCAGCCCCCAGGUCUCUCAAGAAGAUGCAAUUGCAACAGCUGCAGUUGCAAUUUGCAUGCCAAACUAUUUGGGGAGGGUGUUUUCUCUUCGCUUAUCAGCAUGGACAGUUGGAGUGGAGCACCCACAUAAUUAUUUGCGAAUCACUCGCCCCCUCCGCGAGGACCUGGCAGUUUGGUCCGUCUUUUUGGAAGGUUUUAAUUGUCGUUCUUACUGGCAGGCACCUGAGGUGUCCACUGCCGAGCUCCAUCUCUUUACUAACAUGGCCGGGACGGUGGAUUUUGGGGACAUCUUUGGUCCCCACUGGUGUGCGGAUUCCUGGCUGGAGUCUUGGCGUUCUGCAGGGUUAACAAAAUAUGUUGCCUUCUUGGAGUUUUUCCCUAUAGUGGUGGCAAUGGAGCUCUGGGGGAUCUCCUACGGGAUUGGAGGGUGGUCUUCCACUGUGAUAAUAUGGAGGUGGUGUUGGCCAUUAACAAUUUGUCGGCAUUCUCCCCUCCCAUGGUUCGGUUGCUGUGGCACCUGGUUCUGCACUGCUUGAUUUUUAAAUGUGUGCUGUAGGGCUGUGCAUGUCCCUGGGGUUGUUCCUGUUGUUUGGGGAUGUUUUCAGCGAGGUGGUGGCGGUGAGUUUCUUUGCUGCAUAGGUCCAAGACAAAUGUUCUUGACCAGGGCACUUGGUUCACCUUGUGGCAAGUCCCAUGUUCUCUGGUUUGUCCACUGGCAUGUUUUCAUGCUGUCUGUGAAGUUUGCCCAGCGGGUGAGCUUCUUAUUGCGAUUCCAAUUUAUCAGGGUUUUUCCGCAUGGCAUUGGGGCUACCUAGUGCAGAGUUUGGGGGGCACUCCUUUCGCAUAGGGGCUGCCACUGAGGCUUCAUGCUUGGGGUUGUAUGAGGAAGUCAUCCAAAGAAUCAGGAGGUGGGAAUCUAGGAGGUUCCGUUCUUAUGUUUGUCCAGCUGGACUGAUUCCGUUUCCCCUUUUGUCUUUGUAGAUGCCGGAAGGCGAGUGUGGGUCAUCGUCCAUUCAUGCAUUUAUUGGGCACAACAGCGGGCUGAAGUUCGUUCCGGGGGACUACAACUUGGUCUGUUACCAGUGGUGGCAGAGGUCCAUUGGUUCGGUUCCCAGGGUAUGCGGUGGGAGCACCUGUUGCCUUAAAUGGUCCGGUUGGCUCACUUACUCUGUGUUCCUGAUGUGCUCUUGAUUCAUUUUGGGGGAAACGAUCUUGGCACUAUUCCAGUGUGGAAUCUGGGUGAAACGAUCCAGAAGGAUUUGGUCGAGUUAUGACUCAAUUUCCUGAGACUUUGUAUAGUUUGGUCCCAGAUGCUGUCCCAGUAUUAUUUAAGGGGGCAAGGGACCCCAGGCUCUUGAAAGGAGCAGGAUCAAGCUGAACAAGCAUUUUUCUAAAUUUAUGAGGAGAAUGGGGGUGCUCACGGUGCAAAAUGUAGCAAUGUAUUUUAGGGGUGAUGGGGUCCAGCUUACAGAUGUGGGCCUGGAUUUGUUUAAUUGCAGGAUGCGUUGGAUGAGGCCAUGGCUUUUGUUUUGGGGCAACCCUGCUGAUUUAGGGGGUAAACCAGUAGGUCUUGUGGUGGUAUAUGGCCCCUGCCAACUGUGGGUUGGUAACAGCUUCCCGCCCUCCCUCCUCUUGUUGUCUUAAUUAUGUUUGUUUGUGUUGUUCUUGUCACAGCAGGGCAGUAUAUGACCCUUGUCAACCGUGGGUUGGACCAGCGGUCCGUGGAAAGUGGAUGGCUGUCCCUCUCCUAACCUCAGGUACAGUUAUGCACAAGCAUAAGACCCUGUGGAGUGAGGCAAAGAAAGUAAGGAGGUCUUUGAAUGGUGGGAGGAGUAUUAAGGGGGCAUAGUGGUGGGUUAGUUUAAAUAUGUAGGCAGCUUACAGGAUAGCAGCCAUCUUAAUUAUAAGUUGGAAUCAGCUUCCCGACCUCCCUCCUCUUGUUGUAUCUUAAAUUUGUUUGUUUGUUUUGUUCUUGUCACAGCGUGGCAGUAUAUGGCCCUUGUCAACCAUGGGUUGUACCAGCAGUUCGUGGAAAGUGGAUGGGUAAGGCUGUCCCUCCCCUAACCGACAUGCCCACUGAGCCAAUAAUCGGCCAGUGGUUAGAAUUACGAGAAUGGAAGACCCAGGAAAAGGCUUUAUGUUGGUUGGAACGAGGGGGGAGGGCAGCUGCCCUAAGUGAAUGUUUUUUGGUUGGCAAGGUGGUACUCCGUGACGGAUAUUUAUUUACUGAGUAAAUUAUAUAUAUAUAUAUAUAUAUAUAGAAUGUUUUAUGUCUUAAAGUUGAAGUUUAAAGAUUUAUAUAUUUAUAUUUUAAUAAAGCUGUGGAUUAUUUUCUCUAAACAAGUCUGUGGUUUGUUUAUUUCGGGCAAUAAGAUUUGUGGUUUAUAGGUGGGUGAGGAUUAUGCCAAUAAACAUUUACCCUAUACCUAUGCACAAGAGGCAUGAUCCAUACACAAAAACUACUUCAUUAAGCUAAUAUUAUUUUGCCGACUAUAGUGUCUCUUUAAUAUUAACUCAGCUUGCUAAAAAUCUGAACCUAAUGCACUGGCUAGAAUUGCAAAUUAAUAUGAUCCAAGCUAAUACUGAACUCACAUAAUUAAAGGAUCACUAUAGUGUCAGGAAAACUAAGUGGUUUUCCUAACACUAUAGUGCCCUGAGGUUGCCCCCACCCUCAGGGUCCCCCUCCCGUGGCGCUGAAGGGGUUAAAUUCCCUUCAGCAGCUUACCUUUUUCCAGCGCUGGGCUCCCUCAGCGCUGGUGACCUCUCCUCCCCGCCGCCCUCAGCUCCCUCUGCCGACGUCAGCGGAGCUGAAAGCGCAUGUGCGGCAAGUACCGCGCAUGCAAUUUAAAGUGUCCAUAGGAAAGCAUUUUUCAAUGCUUUCCUAUGGACACUCUGCGUGAUGGAGGCAUUAAAUGCCUCCAGCGUCGCAGAUGCACCUCUAGUGGCUGUCCGGAAGACAGCCACUAGAGGCUGGCUUAACCCUGCAAUGUAAACAUAGCAGAUUCUCUGAAACUGCUAUGUUUGCAUCUGCAGGGUUAAAACCUGAGGGACCUGGCACCCAGACCACUUCAUUGAGCUGUCCCUUUAAAUAAUGGGUGGAUUAUAAUAAUUGAUGAGUGAAGACAUUACUAUACUCUAAAUGAAUAAUUUACAUAAUUAUUUUUCUGAAUUAUAUUAUAGGUAUGGCUUCUAGGUCCAGAGUUGGAGUAUUUAUUUUUUCUGCCUCGUCUGGUGGACUUCCUAAUAAUGAAAUAACAUUUGCCACUAUGUUAAAGAAGAGAGGUUACUCAACAGGUCUUAUAGGUAAGAUUAACUUUCUGAUUAAAUAUGUUUUUGUUAGUGUACCAUACACUCGGAUAUGGUAUUUAUGUAUUUGUCUUUGAUGGACUGACAUGGUUCUAAUCAUCUGGGUAAUAAUAGAACAUGGGUCCCUAAAUAGAAUUAUAGCUGUAGGACCCUUGAUGCAUGGAUAUAUAUUUGCCUACUGAAAAUACUAGAGUUAAGUUUCAGACAGCAUGUCCCAAAGUAGAAAAGUAUUUGUUUAUAGUAUUAUGUGUGUGUAUAGAGGAAAUGUCCAAACAUAAGUUGGAAGGGAGACUUGGAAGCAGUUUACAUAUUAAGUAUUGCAGUUAGCAUGUAAAUCUCACAUGUUAAAAUUAUCAUUAGACCUACUGAUAAUGGCCUACAGUGGCUUAACACAAUACCAGUGGAUUAUCACUAGGCUGUAAUGUAAACACUGCAUUUUCUUUGAAAAGACCAUGUUUACAGCAAAAAGCCUGAAGGGGAUGAAUAUAUUCACCAGAACAAAUAAAAUAAGCUGUAGUUGUUCUGGCGACUAUAGUUUAUCUUUGAAUGUGAUAUGAAUGCAGUGAUUUCUGCAAUUGGUUAGUAUUUAUAUAUUGAGGGAUUUAUUUGUGUGGUGUCAGUGUUUGUGUUUCUUAAUGUUUUUUUUUGUUUGUUUUCCGAGUUUCUGGUCAUCCCUUCUCCUCUUUUGCUAUCCUGUACCUCUACCAUUCAAUACAACUUCCAUCUUUCCCAGUGUCCCUCCAUUUGUCUUCACAUCAUCAAUCAAUCCCACUUGUCUCUUAUCUAUCUCACCUUACAUGACUCUCCCAUCACCCUCUUGUGUCUGUCUAAUUUCAUCUUGCACUUCUUCCCCAUGACCCCCCCUACUUUUUUUUCUCUAUCCUCAUAAUGCCUCUAUUGUGUGUUCUCCAUCUAACUCCACAUGUCUCUCUUCAUUAACCCAAAUGUUGUCUCUGCUACAUCACAUGUUUCUUCCCCAUUACUCAAUUGUUUUAUGUCUCCCCAUAUUAUUUCAUAACUUUUGUCAUCAUCCACACAUGUGUAUUCCAAAAGGCCUCUCAAAAAUCACAAUCUUCUCCCCUCUCCAUCCUUCCCUCUCACAAACAUGUCCAUUUUUCUCUUUUCUCACUCCAUGUUCCAUCUAUUACCAACUUAUAGUACAGCUCAGCAAGAUAACACUGAACUCCAGUUGACAGUACUCCUGUUUUUUCCUCGUAUGUCAGACAUGCAGCUAUGACUGUUGGUUGGUCAAGUUGGAGAUUGUAUGUAGGACCAACCCUCUUAUACACACAGCGUACAUGUGUAAAUAAUGUUUUGUGCUUGGGUUUUAUAAAUUCCAAUAGGUUGGGGGGCCUUUAAUGCCACGACAGGCUCUGAAACUAUCUGGAGCAUUAGUAACCAAAAGUUAUUUGAGGCCAUUGAGGGACAUACUCUAAUCGCCCAGUCAGUAUAUAAAGAUUAUGUCCAGGUGUUCAGUCCACAUUUAACUGAAUUCAACAUACUUGUUUAUUAAAAAAGACUGUUAAUUUUUAUUCUAUAUAUUUGUCAAUGUAAAAAUAGCAUAAAUAUGUGCAAUUGUCUGUGACUUGUCUUGCUCUUUUAACCUGUAACUCAAAAUGUACAUGAUUUUAACAUUAUAGCAUAUAUUCUGUAUAUAUAAUCUGUAUUAUUAUUUUUGAUAAUGGACCAUUUAAAAUAUAAAUGAUGAAUAUGAAUGAUAUUCAACAUCAUUGUGCUUAUUCUCAUUUAGAGUCAGAUCAAACCGCAACUGUGGAUUGCAGUUUAGGAUAUUAUCACUGCAUAUUAGUAUUGCUUAAACACACAAACUCAUUAAGAAUUCUGACUUUUUACCAUUGAUCUUCAGGGAUACACAUCAUUAUUCUCACGGUAGUUAAUAUAACCAGUUUUAACUGAGUAUAAUUAUGCAAAUGUUUGUGGGAAACUGGAAAUGAGGCUUGCUGGAAUUAUAUAAGCUGCAUUUUACUUGCUAAAUAUGUAUAAUUGUAUAAGUUAAAUUUAUUUUUAGGAUAGCUUAUAUGAGGAGGAUUUAUUAAUGUAAUAUGCAGCUAGAGGAUUUUGAAGCCUUUUGUCAACCCAUUUUUGUUUGCACUUGCUCUUUAUUUGUUAUUUUUGCACAUAUAUUUUUGUGCCAAAGACAUUAUUUUUGUUAUACUAUCAAAGAUUAUCUGAACUCCUACUCAUAUGAUGUACUCUGUAUAUCAGUACAAAUAAAUACAUUUAUUUUAGAUCACUUUUAUUAAACUGUACAAAUUGUCCAUAGAGUAUAAUUAUUAUGGCCACAUCUGUUAAAAAAAUUAAUGUUUUUACAUUUUAAUUAUAACAUAUGAGAAUUUAUGUAUCUGAGACCUGAACAAGAAUUUACCGAAGGUCGAGCUACUGAGUCCUCUAAGCUUUUGUCCAUUAUCAGAGUUUGCAUAUUCUUUGUUUUUGUUGCACUAACUUGACUCCCCCCCCAGUUAAAAGGGUAAUUCAGAUGUGGACCCCAUGCUCGCUGUAUCUAGAGGGGUAUCCGCUACACCUCACUGACGAGAACCAAAGAAGGCCAAAAUAAUUAUUCGGGAUUGCUGCAUCUCUCAGGCAGAGAGAACUUGCUGGCAUUUUGGCUCUGGACUGCCCUUAUGGGUUUUUUAUGGGUGCAAUCAAUCUGAUAUGCCUUGGAACUGUAUCUCUCUGUAAUAGCACAAGUGAGCAAAAACUAUUUUGAGAUCUGAGCAUGGAUUUACUGAAGGAAGCUCAGAGUUCUCAUAUUUUAUAUUUUUAUUGCACUAACUUGGCUCUUUUGUCUGUAUGUGUCACAUCAAAUUAAAGCCUUUUUGUCCUUUAAUAAACAGCAUAUGAAAUGUGAUGGUGAAAUAAAUGAAUACAAUGGAAAUGAGGUUGAACACACACAAAUAAAAUGCCAAAAGUGAUAGUCCAUUGUUCAAAUGCAAAAUUUUAAAAUUUUAAAAUAACUAUACCCAAAAUAAGAUAUACCCCAAAUGAAAACAUGUAUUUUUUUAUUUAUUUAAUUAAUUAAUUAUUUUUUAUUUUUUAUUGCGAGUAUAUGUAAAAACAGCUUGCAAAAGCUACAAAUCUCUUGUCUGCUGCCUUUGCAAGUCAUUCUCUUCUUCCUCCGCCCAGAAAUUUUGUGACUGUCCAUUCACAAACUUCCCAAUGAAGCUUAAUAAGAAGUAUUCGCAAGGCAGGUGCUUUUGUCAAUUUCCUGCCUCUGGAGUCUAGCUCGACCGAGCUAAACAACCAGGAAGUAACAGGACCAGUUCUCUGACAGCCAGGGGGUGUAACAAGGUUACUUUAUAAAAGUGCCAAUGUCUGCUGAAAUCAGAAUUUUUCUUUUGUAAAAUAUAUAUAUAUUUUUAAAAGUACACAUACUUAUUCUACAAAGAAUGGCUAUGUAGUGGGACCUCAGGAACAAUACUAUGUUCUUUCCUGCAGUGGCGGUGUUUUCAUAGUUUGUAUUAUUAUUAUUAUUUUUUUUUAUAACACUUGUAUGUUGUUGGCACUGUGUGUUUUCAUUCACCGAGACUUAGUGAAGGGUGAAAAUACCUAGAUCCCUAAAAAGAGGUCACCUGCAAAAAAAUGGUUAUUGCACAACAUCUGGCACCUGUACCUGACCAUAUAAUUGUAAUAGUGGACAGAGAUCUUAGCGUCUAAAAACAUUUAUACAUGAAAAAUGAGUUGCCCGUGCCCACAUCCCCAAACCAGUGCCAUCCCCGGAUAGCUCUUCCUGGAGCACCCAUUUUAUCCAAAAAGCGCUCGGAUCAGAGGUGCCUCGCCUGAAUGGUCUGGAUGUUAAGUUUUGACCGGGCUGCAAGCAUCCUCUGAAUCUAGUGCAGAGUUCCAUGGUGAAGGGUCUGCGGCGCAUUGUUGACAUUUGACAGAUCAUAUUAACCUAUAUAUGAAUGCCAUUUUCAAAAGUAGACACUAUGGUAUAUUUGAGUCAUAUUGUGCUCAAUUUAUUUAAUUUUUUUGUACUUUUUUUUCCACAUGUGAUUUACUUUAAUAACCUUAAUAAACAGCUUCUGUAAUAAAAUCAGUUUAGCUCAGCUAGAUUCCUGAGUACAGAAUGAUCUCAUUUGCGUACCCUUGUAACGUUUUUACUGAAUUAAUACGCUGUCCACUGCAGUUUCUUCAGAAAAUGGCAAUAUUAAGAUGGGUAGUAGCUCCAACAUUUUAAUUACUCCAUAAAUGCAAAGAAACAUAGAAUGUGACAGCAGAUAAGAACCAUUCAGCCCAUCUACUCUUCACAAUUUUCUAAAUACCUUCCGUAGUCCCUGGCCUUAUCUUAUAGCUAGGAUAGCCUUAUGCCUAUCCCACGCAUGCUUAAACUCCUUCGCUGUGUACCUCUACCACUUCAGCUGGAAGGCUAUUUUAUUUAUUUAUUUAUAAAAUAUUUUACCAGGAAAGAUACAUUGAGAUUUCUCUUGUUUUCAAGUAUGCCCUGGGUCCACAAAACAUUGCAUUGUUACAUUAGGGUACAAUAAAAUACAAAUACAAUACAAAUACAAAAUACAAAAACAAUAUUAAUACACAAUAUAUACAAAAUUUACCAUAGAACAGGUAGGAAAUAUAUAAUCACCCAUGACAUGUGCAUUCUGUUUUGAGGUAUGUAGAGAGGGAUCUCUUAAAGAACUCUAGGCUUGGGGAAGAUUUUAAGGUGUGCGGGAGGUCGUUCCACAAUUGCGGCGCUCUGUAGGAGAAGGAGGAUCGGGACGCUUUCUUUUUGUAUUGAGGUAGACUAAAUAAAGUUCUGGUACUGGAUCGGAGGUUAUAAGAGGUGGGAAAAGCUGAGGAGAGCAUUUUGCUCAGGUAGGGUGGGAGUUUUCCAGAAAUUUCAUGCAUCCACUACCCUCUCAGUAAAGUAAUACUUCCUGAUAAUUUUUUUAAACCUUUGUCCCUCUAAUUUAAGACUAGGUCCUCUUGUUGUGGUAGUUUUUAUUCUUUUAAAUAUAGUCUCCUCUUUUACUGUGUUGAUUAGCUUUAUGUACUUAAAUGUUUCUAUCAUAUACCCCUGUCUCGUCUUUCCUCCAAGCUAUACAUGCUAAGAUCCUUUAACCUUUCCUUGUAAGUUGUAUUCUGCAUUCCGUGAACGAGUUCAAUAUCGGUAUCCUUCUGGAGAUACAUUCUCCAGUACUGCGUACAAUACUCCAAGUGAGGUCUCACCAGUGUUCUGUACAAUGGCAUUAGCACUUCCCACCUUCUACUGCUAAUACCUCUCCCUAUACAUCCAAGCAUUCUGCUAGCAUUACCUGCUGCUUUAUUACAUUGUCUGCUUACCUUUAAGUCAUCAGAAAUAAUUACCCCUAAAUCCUUUUAAUCAGAUGUUAAGGUUAAGACUUUAUAAAAUAUUCUGUACUCUGCCAUUGGGUUUUUACGUCCAAGAUGCAUUAUCUUGCACUUAUCCACAUUAAAUAUCAGAUGCCACAAUUCUGACCAUUUUUCUAGUUUCCCUAAAUAAUUUGCCAUUUGGCUUAUCCCUCCUGGAACAUCAACCUUGUUACAUAUCUUAGUAUCAUCGGCAAAAAGACAUACCUUACCAUCAAGACCAUCUGCAAUAUCACUAAUAAUAUUAAAGAGAAUGGGUCCAGGUACAGAUCCCUGAGGUACCCAACUGGUGACAUCACCAUGCUUUGAAUAUACUCCAUUGACUAAAACCCUCUGUUGCCCAUCACUCAGCCACUGCCUUACCUAUUCAACAAUAUUGGAAUAUCAUUUACAAAUGUGGACACCAAGGGGCUCUCACAUGAUCACAUACUUGGAGCUUUAUUGAGGUGACAUUUUUUCGAAAUUUUUUUCAAAGCUUGUGGUAUUCAUCUUUAUUUUAUAAUUCUUACACACACAUCUGAUUUAUGCUGCAUAUUUUCUAAAUCACAUGUAUGUCAUUGUAAUAAUAUUCCCUAACCUCAACUAUACUCUGCAACAUCCACUGAGAAAAAAUAUAAGCUUAUGAAUAUAUUUUCAAAGUAUCAAUCCUAAUCGUAAACAUGACCUUUACCCUAACACUGGCAAUAGUGUUAGAGGGAUUCGAUCUGUUGACAUCAGCAGAUUCAUUUACUUGCUGGUCCUCAUCCUAACUCUUAAUGCUAACGCUGGCUCCAAACCUAAUCCUAAAUGUGAUCCUUAUCCUAAACACAACUCUAAUUCUAACUUUAGCAAUAAUGUUAGAGGGAUUUCCUCUGAUGUCAAUAGAGGGAAUCCCUCACAGUGCAUAGUAGUCUCUGCAUGUUCUGCACUAUUACGUAGCAGAAUGAGAGUGAUUAUUUCCAUCUCUGCUGCUAAAUCACAGCUGAUCAAUCUCUGCAGUCAGUGACUAUGCUGCAGAAGGCUUGCAGUAAGAUCUAACUGGAGUCUCCUCGGGCCCUGUGGAUCUACCCCUGUCAGAGGGAAUCACUGGAAAUUACUUCACCGGUACUGUGGCUGAAACCAGAACUUCAGCCACUGUGAUUUUAAAGGGUUGAUAAGACCCUAAAACCACCACCAUUGUGAAAAGCCCCAAAUGGACGAAAUUGAAAAGUCCAUGGUUGAAGUUUUGCAAAUAUUCUGUGAAAGGUGGAUAUAUGCAUAGCUCCUGUUUGAGCUAUGCAUAUGAUGCAAAUUAAUAAAGUUCUGAAUGGCAAAGUACGUGGACACCCCGACUAAUUAAGCCAAAAGGCAACAUAGACAAAACAUUGGCAAUACAUGUGAUCAUAUUGAAGAGCUCAGUGACUUUAAAUGUGGCACUGUGGUAGGAUGCCACCUUUGCUACAAAUCAGAAAUUUCUACCCUACUAGAUCUGACCUGGUAAACUGUAAGUGCUAUUAUUGUGAAUUUGAAGCAUCUAAUAUCUGUUGCAUCACUUACUACAGAGUUCCAAACUCCCUAUAGAAGCAAAAUGAGUACAAGAACUAUGUGUCAUACAUUCAUGAAAUGGCUUUCAAUAGCCAAACAGAUAUAAGCAAACAUAUCAACAUGCACAAUGCCAAGCAUCAGCUGGAGUGGUGUGGAGCAUGCUGCCACUGGAUUCUGUAACAGUGGAAACAUAUCCUAAACCACAUUUCACUUUUUAGGAAGUCUGAUGGAAGAAUCUAGCAGAGGCGGCUCUAGACUUCAUGAGGCCUUAGGCGAAACUCAAACAUGAGGCCCCACUAUCAAAAAAGUGUCACAUUGAUGCACAGUUUACCUGCCUGAGAGUGUGUCUGACAGAGAGUAUCCUUGUGAUAGGGAGAGGGAGGUGAUGGUGAGAAGGGGUGAUGGUAGGUGGUGGUGAUAAUGAGAGGGAGAGGGGGAUAAUGUGAGGGAGGGAGGUGAUGUGAGAGAGGUGAUGUGAGAGGGAGGGGGAGGUGAUGUGAUGUGAGAGGGAGGGGGGUGAUGAUGGGGAGGGUGGUGAGUGGGGGUGAUGCUGAGGGUGGUGGAGGGUGAUUGAGGGUGAAGGGGGGUGAGGCAGAGGGUUGUGGGGAGGGAUGCUGAGGAUGAAGGGGGAUGGUGAGGGUGGUGGGGGUGGUGAGGCUGAGGGUGAAAAGGGGGGAGGUGAGGAAGCCUACCUUCAUGUAAUCUCGCGAGAUGUCAGAGCGUUUCCGCGGUAACCCGCGGCAACGCUCUGAUUGGCCAAUUCUUGUGAGACACAUGGUCUGCAGCUCUGCAAACUGUGGAGCUGCAGACCAGUGUCUGCGGUGGCUGGCCGGGCAGACAGGAGGGGCCUCGCACCCGGCGGCAUACCGGGCAAGCCGCCGGGCCCCCUCCUGGUGUCAGGUCCUUGGUCACUGACCGAGGACCUGACACAGUCUGCUCACAGGUGGUUUAGGCAGCCGCGAGGCCCCAGCCAGCGCGAGGCCUUAGGCGGCCGCCUAAACCGCCUAAUUAGAGAGCCGCCUAUGGAAUCUAGGUAUAGCAAUUGUCAGCAGGACUCUACCUGAACACUGUUUUUCAGUGUGUAUGCUUAAGUCGCAGUGAAGGGUGAUCUUAAUGAUACAGGAUACAAAGACAUUUAAGACAAGUGGAUGCUUCCAAUUUUGUAGCACAAGUAUAUGGAUGGCUAUUUCCUGUUCUAGCAUGACUGUGUCCCAGGUGCAAGUGAGGUCCAUGGAAGCAAGGUUUAACAAAUCUGGUGUUGAGUAAUUUGAGUGGUCUGCACAGAACCCUGACAUGAACCCAAUUGAACAUCUUUGGAAUGACAUAGAAAACUAAUUGUCAGCCAGACAUUCUCAUCCAACACCAGUUUCUGGCCUCAAAAAUAUUUUGGCUGACUGGGCACAGAUUCCUACAGACACAUUACAACAUAAAAAAAAAGUGGUGAUUGUUUGCUACAAAGGAUGUGUCAACUGUAAAUCUCUAUUCAUGCUUCAGCAAUUUAAAAUGUUAUGUCCAAGAAGCGGUUAUGGUCAAUAGGAUACAUAAUGAUGAACUGUGUAUUAUGGGACAAUAAUGCCAUUGAGAAAUCACAACACUUCAGUGUUUUAUAUCUUUUAUAUUCUGUAUUAUAAAAAAUAGAGUUAAAGAUAUUAUUAGGGUUUCACUGACUUUGAUUAGCAACAGAACAUAUGUGUUCCACUGAGCCCAAGACUGUGGGUAAAUACAGUAAAAAUAAAGAAAAAUAAAUAAAAUAAUAAAUAUUCCCAUAAUAAGUCCAGGCAAUAAUGAAAAUGUAUAUUUAAUAUCCGGUCUGUUCUCCUCUCAUAUUUGCAUUGUAAUGUGAAACCGAUGCUAUUACUACCUGUAUUAUAUUUUUAAAUGUUAGUCUAGACUUAUAGAAAAAAAUAUUUGAAUAUCUAAAUCCACCUUUUGUGCUUUUAACAUAAAUUAAAAAAGUCAAAGAGAGAAUGUAUUUUCUUUAAAAGGUAUAAAGAGGAAACGCCAGCAUGACAUUGAUCUCCGAAAGCCGAUUACUAAACCCUGUAGAUUUUUUAAGUGAGGUAAAAAAAUUGAAUAAUUUCAAGCUAUAGAAUGUGAAUGUUUUGGAUUUUAGAUUUAAAAAAAAUAGAAGUGAGCUGAAGUUAUGAGUUUGUAUGAGUUUAUUGAAGUUACGGUGAAUAUCAUAAAAUAGUGGAUGAGCAAGCAUGACGUUCAUUACUCUUUUGAAGUGAUUGUAGAGGACAACAUAAAUUUUCAAUAUUAGUCUUCACGAGUUAUGUAAACAAUCUCCUGUAUAUAAGCAAACAUAUGAACAAAGGAAUUGGGAGCAGCACAGGUACAGAAUACGUUUGUUUUUUAGCAUAUAUUUAUUUUAAUGUUUAGUCCCUUGUAACACAGAGAAGAAUUUAAUAUAAAAAAACAACAUUUGUUGUUGAAGCAACAUUUACCCUAGAGAAUUGUAUAAGAAUGGAGGGCGCACAAUAAUUGAUACAGAUAUGAAUGAAUCAUAGUUCAAUGUGCUCACUAUAGUAAAUACAAACUCAUACAAUUAAGCACUGCGCUCCAAAUGCCCAUUUCUAAUGGGUGGCAACAAUGACUAUUGUAUACAGUAGGGAUGUGCAUGGGCGAAAAAUUUGGUUAGGCACUUCCGAAAUUGGGGACUUCAACAAUUCAACACUUCCGCACUUCGGUUUGGCACUUCUGAAAUUUGGGACUUCGACAAUUCAGGACUUCGGCAAUUCCCUAACCCUACCCAUAACCCUGUAACAUAUUCGGUUGCGGUAUCUGCACUCAGCGACUAUGCAUCAGUGUACCUGACUCCUGCAACAUGUUGAUGGACGCCGGCCGCUGUGGAUUCAUGCCAAAUUAUAGCCCCACGUCCACCCAUGGGGAUGAUGACGUCGGCGUGCGUAUGAUGUCACGUGGGAGAGGCACGCGCACGUUCUGGGGUCAAAGGCUGAUUUCAUCCAAUCAGAUUUGUGAAGGUCUUAUUUAAACACAUUUUUACUUCUCCUCAUUGCCCUGUCGUGGUUUCCCUUAGUGGUUGUCAGAGAGUGUGUUCCUGAGUGUUUAUAUCUGGUUAUUGACUUUGGCUUUGUUUUGACUUCCCUGUAUUCUAGUAUCCCUGACUUUUGGUUUUCCCUUAUCGUUGCGUCCCAUUCUGUGUCCCUGACCUUGGCAAGUAUUCUGACUACUCUUUGGUACGUUAAGUCCGGCCAUUCUAACUUACCUUUGAGUUACCUUUGAGUUAUAAGGGGCGAUAAAGUUCUACGUGUUGGAUCAAUUUGUAAUCCUGACAAACCCUACCCCUAACCACCACAACCACUUACACAUCUAGGGGUAUGGUUAGAUUCCUGUCAUCAUUAACAUAAUUUUCUCUCCCUCUCUUGUUUUGACACUUUUCAGAAAUCUGAAGCAAUUCAGCACUUCCGAAAUUUGGCACUUCGGUAAUUCGGCACUUCACCAAUUCGGUUUGGUUCGGCACUUCCAAAAUUCGGCACUUCGGCAAUUCGGACAUUCAGAAGCAUCCAAAUGUCAGAAUUGCCAAAAAUUGUCCCAAUUUACAUUUGAAACAAAACGAAUUGCACAUGUCUAGUACACAGCAUUUUCAAUAUAUACAAUAAAAAACAAAUAAAGAAGUUACUUGUACACUAUGCCAAAUAUCUAUGCACAUUUAAGUAACUGGACUUUUUAUUUUAGUAUCACUUCAAAGGCCUGUAAAGUCACCUGCCACAUCAAGGAAGAACCUCUUAAGUGAGUCCUAUACUAACAAUACACCUUGCUUCUUUAAGCUGAAAGGCAAAAUCUCCAAUGAGACAUAGAUGGAUAUUUUUCUAAAUACCUACGCACAUAUUAACCCUUAAUAGGGCACACAUGGGAUGGGCAGUAGCACUGUAACAUGACUGUGUAAUACAAAACAAAAAGGAAACUCAUAAAAUGCAAUUAAUUUUUUAAUACACAUAUAGUAAUCCAUAAUCCCUACAGUAACCCAGACUCAGAAAUACAAUGUCAGAGACUAGGAAAACAGUAGCUAAAAUGAAAGGGUCUGCGCAAGAUACAUUUACUGGGCUUUCUAUUGGCCGGGCUUAGCAUAGUAGGGCAAAAAUACAGUGUCAGUAGAAAGCCAAGGUCAAGGGAAUCACUGGAAAUGACCUCACUAAUACCGGUGCCGAACCCAGGAGUUCAGCCAUGGUGAUUUUAAAGGGUUGUGUGUGAUAAGACCCCAGAAUCAGCACCAUUGUGAGAAGACCCAAAUGGCUGAAAUUGUAGUCUAUGGUUAAAGCUUUACAAUUAAUCUGUGUAAGGUAGAUGUGUCCCAAAGUCCUGCUUGAACUAUGCAUAUGAUGCAAAUCAGUAAAGAAACGCCAAGUUUUCAGUAUACACUCUUGGGCUGUAAUAAAAAAUGGCAAGGCAAUGGUCCUGCCGUAUAUAUAGGGACAACCAAGAUAAUAAUGGACAUUAUCAUCACCCUGCACGAACGUACACAAAGGGGUGUGAAAUGUAAACAGUAGAUGAUGUGUCUCAUAAUUAUGACCUGUAUAUCUUUUAUUAUAAAAAUAUGUAAACCUACAGGGUCCUGUAACUUUAAAGACACUUGUAUGUGGAGUGAGGUUGAUGUAGUGAUCUGGCAACCCAGCGAGAGUGACAGAGUGCAGAAAACGUUCUGCAUGUGGAACUUUAGAACGAUGCGUGGUAUUCAAGUCAGAGGUGCCCAGCUUUUGACGUGGAACCGGAGACAUUGUGGCUGCUGCGUGGCUCCCACUGGAAUGUGCAUAUUACGCAGAGCAGCUUGAGAAAGCUUUUCCUGAAAAGAUUUCUGUAGCUUUGCCAUGACAGGAGGCUCAGUGCCCAGGUGGACCCAUGUAGCCUUUGCAAAAUGAUUUGCUCCAUUAGCAGAUAAGGGCACAGGGUGCUCCUAGCAUCAAAACCUCUGAUGCUUGGAGUAAUACGUUAAUAGUGCAGAAUGGUGACCUUUUCAAAUGAAUAAACUACAUAUCAAUCGGCUUUGGCCAGCAUUAACAUUUUUUACAUAAUCUAAUCUUAAUGGAAAUUACUUCUGAAUUAAAUUUUGUUUUGUUUUUUAAUUUGCUUUUAAGCACACAUUUCUUGAGUUAAAUUAUAAUCUUGAUGUUUAAUUGGAUUAGUUUUCUUUAUAAAGUUGGUAUUUAUUCCAAAAACUGUUGGAACUGUUUUGCCAGUAUUAAGGAAAACUGUUUAAGUGACCUCUAUCAACAGAGGAUAGAAUUAAGGAAAACUUUUAUUUUAUUUUCAGAUGAAAUGGUUUGUCCAAAACACACGUUUCUGCCAUGUACAAGUAUAGUUUCUAUUAUCAUUUACACUUGGUCUUUUCUGAAACUGAAAUUAGCCAGUAUUCAAAGAGCACAAGAAACAUUUGUUUUGCAAUUAAACAACAAAUCAUCAGUUUUGUAAAGUGAACUUUAAAGUGACACCAUAGUCAUCAGAACCACUACAGUGUUAGCACUGUAAACACUGCCUUUCCAGAUAAAAGGCAGUGUUUACGUUGCUGGCUAUUAAUACCUCUAGUGGCAGUUACUCAUUGGAGGUGCUUCCUAGUCCAGUGCUGUACUGUGUGUUGAGACACUGAAUGUUCACCAUAGAGAUGGAUUGAUCUAUGAGAACAUGUUGAUUGACGCAUUGAAGCAUUUUGCCUUUAUAUCUGCAUAAGCCUCCAAUGAAACAUUGGAUUGGCUGAGAUCAUUAGGUUUGAACUCAUCUAUAGACCAGGCAGGGCCAGCCACAGGGAGACAUGCAUGGCAUGGGAGAAAGGGUGAGUAAAAUCACAUUUUCACUGCAUAGAGAGGGGGACAAUCACCUAAAUAGUCACUUCAGCACUUUAGUGUGAGAAAUACAUGUUUGUAUUUCUGACACUACAGUGUUCCUUUAAAUUAUGCAUUGAAAAAAAAAAAGAAAGCCCAUCAACAGCUUAAUUGUAAUGCCUACCAGUUUUGUUCAAAAUGCUUUGCAUGAGUGUUAUAAAGGAUGUGUUUGUUUGGGAGUGACAAUAUCUUCAGGGAUAAUAAAAAUAGAAUUUGUCACACUCAAAGAUCAACUUGAGAACUUUGCUAUUAUUAAUUUUAUUGUAGUAGUUUGAUAUCAGAUGCUUAUUUAUGAGGUGCUUGAUUUCAUAAAGCCUAAGUUUCCUCUGGCUAAAAAAGAUGUACCGUACAAAAAAAAAGAAAAAGAGAACUCCCAAUUGUAUUAAAGGAAUACUCUGGCCCCCAUAGCAUCUUUUCUUUUCUAUCAAUGGAGAGCUACUGAUUAGCUUAGAGUGUCAGCUGACCACUCUAGCCAAUGAAUGGCGCCCCCCAACUGACGGCACUUCAUGCUUCCUAUAACUAAGAUUCAGAAGCUUGAUGCAGCCUGUGGGACCUGGAGAUCGGCACUGAAUGCAUCUUAUGGGAUUACAUAGUUACAUACAUAGCUGAAAAGAGACCUUUGUCCAUCAAGUUCAGCCAUUCUAGGUCAAACCAUUUGAGCACUUAGAAGGACAGUGAUCUUUAGAGUUGUAAAAUCACCCUUGUACUCAUACUGACACAGAGAAUCCUUAAACUGAAACUAUAGUGCACUAUAGUACCCUCUAGUACCCUCCCCCCCGUGGCACUGGAAGGCUAAAAACCCCUUUGUCACUUGAUUUCAGUGCUGACAUCACAACAUCAGCCAGUGGGGAGUACUUAAUGCGUAUGUGCAAUGAGCGCCGUGAUCACAUCAGGACUAUUCCAUAGGAAAGAAUUAAAUCAAUGCUUUCAUAUGGGCUUUAGCUGACACUGGAUGUCCUCAUGCAAAGCAUAAGCAAGUCCAGCAUCAUUUAGUGGAACAAAAGUAUACGAAGGACAACCAAAAGAGGCAGAGUUUCGCAAUUUCGCAAUAGCUGCAGUAAUUAUAGUUGCAGGGUUAAUGGGACAGGGACACUGCACCCAGACCACUUCAAUUAGAUGAAGUGGUCAGGGUGCCUAUAGUGUCCCUUUAUGUACAUAAUAAGCUGAAGUUUUGUCCUUAAAUGGUUAAAGGGUAUUUGUCACUGUCACUCUGGAAUUUAUAACACUGAAUAAAAGAUUGAAGAUCACCUGUAACUUUUUUAAAUUUUAUUUAUAUAAAACAUUUAUCAAAUUAUAUCAUAAUUCGGUUCAGACAAGGCAAGGGCAAACAUAACAAAUUAAAGGACCACUUUAGGCACCCAGACCACUUCAGUGCAAUGAAGUGGUCUGGAUACCAGGUCCCCAUAGUUUUAACCUGCUGCUGAAAACAUAGCAGUUUCAGAGAAACUGCUAUGUUUACGCUGCAGGGUUAAUCCAGCCUCUAGUGGCUGUCUUCCUGACAACCAAUAGAGGCGCUUCCGCGAUUUACAUGGAGUAAAUAGCACUUAUUUGACGCUGGACGUUCUCAUAGACCUCCAGCGUUAAAAAGAUACCUAUAGGAAAGCAUUGAGUAAUGCUUUCCUAUGGGCGGGUUUGAAUGCGCGGUGCGUCUGGCCGCACUUGCACAUUUGGCUCCACUCGGGAGCUGAUGUCGAUGGAGGAGGAGAGGUCACCAGUGCCGAGGAAGCCCGGUGCUGGAUUAAGGUAAGCAAACACAUGGUUAAUUAACCAUUUAUAUUCCUAAUGCUAUAGUGUUUCUUUAAGAAUAUUAAUAAUUUUAAUUUCUCUUCUUGUCUAUAUGCCUGCUCUGUGGUGACUGCCAGGUGCAAAGGACAGAGCUUAUAACCAUGAUUGUUAGGAUGCUCAAAUGGAAGCUCACAAUUGCAGAUUAUAGAUGUGUGGAUUCAUGUUUCAUACCUAACAAAAUAUAUUUGUUAAAUACAAGGAUAACUAAACAUAAUAUUACAAACCAUUUGCCCUUUAAGCAAUCACAAUCUUUCCAAAGAGAAUGUAUCAAGUCAUAAAUGAAACUAUUGGAUACUUAUGAAAUUCAACACUAAAAAGACUUGAUAAAUAACUGAAAAAAACCCAGUUUACAACCAGUUAACCAAUACCAGGAAAAACGUGUUUUUGCAUGAUCAAAACCAUCAGCACAAACACCUCCCCAGAGUUGAUGAGAUUUGCAAGCAGUGUUGAAUGUUUACUAACAAUUCCUUGUUAAUCAAUUAAAGCAAUUAACGGACAAAUGAGUGCUGUAAUAAGAAAAUAAUGAAGCAAAGUUGAUAACACAACAAAUACACAUGUGCACACUACAUGAAAUGUCCGUUUCGAACUACCUUAAAGAAACACACACACACAGCAACGUGGAACACAUUAGAUUCAUGACCUAUGGCAUAAGUAAAUUUGUAUGAAUAGAAUUCAUAACUGUGAGUAGGGCUUGCUAACCAGUGAGCCAGUCAGUGAGUAGGGCUUGUUAGGUGAGAGGAAACCCCGGAUGUAUUAAAUAAGCCAAGAAUUGGGGCCCCUAGGAUACUAUGGCAGAAAGUUUUACUGCAGGCCUUGAGGGAUGGUGAAACGCAGGAUUGAUAUAACAUGACAAUUGUAAGUCUCCUUGAAUUAUAUAAUAUUAUCAAACUUGAUUUGGCUUGAUUCAAAGUGUCAAGUAGUAGGGCUGUCCUGCAUGUUAAGAUGCAUAUAGUAUUAGCCUUGACUUUUAAAGUUGCGAGGGCAUUGUCAGUGGGAUGGGGUUUGGUGAUUAUGUCACUAACUUUUGAUCAUAUAGAAUUUUUCAAACUUGCACUGAUUCUUGCUUCCAAAGAAUGUUUAAAUAUUCUAAAUUCUGGUAUCAUUUGUAAUGUGGAAAUCAUGGCCCUCUUAAAUGCUCUUAUAUUUUAAGAAUGUUGGCUUUGUGCGCAGUACCUAAACAUCUACCUGAUUUAUCCUUGUGUCUGCAAUUCUAUUUCUUCCUCUCCUUAACCUUCUGUGCACUUUUUGUCCAUCUAAAAGUGACCCAUCUCUAUUUUUAUUCAAAUCUGAAUUCUCUCACUUGCAUGCACUUGCUCUCCUAUCUCUUAUAGCUAUGCAUCCUACCCUGCAUUCACCUGUACUCAACAGCUGUCUCAAACCCCUUGAAACCCCCACUAUCUCUCCCUUACACUCCCUCUUGACCAUCACACACUCCUCUUAUCAUUCUACACAAUUUACGCCUACACAAGUGUGUGUUAUUUUUUUCAUACUUCAUCCUCCAGCAGUAUCCAUUCUUACUCACUCUCUGACUUUUAUCUGCUGCUAGACCUGUAUCUCAGCUACUGGUAAGUGCAUAUUAAAUAUGGCUUCCUAUGAGUCUUGCUUUUUAUUUUAGUUUAACGUCAGAAUUGACAAAUAUUUGUGAGGAAAAUUGCAGCGUAUGUCUUUGUUGACACGCAAAAAAGCUACAAUAUUGCCUGGCCAAAUGGCUAUGCAACUUAAAGAGGCGCUAUAGUCACCAGAACAACUACAGCUUAUUGAAUUUGUUCUGGUGAGUAGAAUCAUUACGUUCAGGCUUUUUGCUGUAAACACUGUCCUUUCACAUUACAGCCUAGUCAUAACUUCACUGGCCACUACUCAGAUUGCUGUUAGAGAUCCUUCCUGGGUCAUGGCUUCCUAAAAUGCAUCCAAACAUUCAGUAUCUCCUCCCUCUGCAUUCAGACACUGAACUUUCCUCAUAGAGAUUCAUUGAUUCAAUUCAUCUCUAUGAGGAGAUGCUGAUUGGCCAGGGCUGUGUUUGAAUCAUGCUGGCUCUGCCCCUGAUCUGCCUCUUUGUCAGUCUCAGCCAAUCCUAUGGGGAAGCACUGUGAUUGGAUCAGGCUACCACUUCUGAUGAUGUCAGCAGACUGCUUGUUUUUUGUUUGUUUUUUGAGGCAAACAACAUGCAGAUCUACAGCUUCUGGCUUGAAUACAGUAAGAUUUUGCUAUAUUUAUGGAGGCAUGAGGGGCCAAGGGGGGCUAGCUGGUGGUUUUAACACUAUAGGGUCAGGAAUACAUGUUUGUGUUCCUGACCCUAUAGUGAUCCUUUAAGUCAUUUUCACAAUGCAAUUCUGAGUUGACGAAAUGAGAUUAUUAUUAGACGUGCAUUCAAUUUGCUUCAAAUUGAAUUUCCACUAAAUUUUUUAAUUUGGCAGCUUCUGAAUUCCAAACUCUUAUGCAAGCCGAAAAUAAAUUAAUCAAGAAUGAAUCGGAAAAAAACUACACAUUUUAAAUGCAUUUGUUUUCAUAAGUAUUGUAAAUUAGGUAACUCUCUAUUAAAGGGGCUCUUUAGGCACUCAGACCACUUCAGUUCGUUGAAGUGGUCUAGGUGCAGUGACCCUGUUACUGAGAAACUGCAAUAAUUACCUUGCAGGGUUAAGACUGUCACUAGUGGCUGUCAAUCAGACAGCCACUAGAGGCUCUUCCUUGUGGUUUAGCGACUUUUGGUCAUGUUCUAUAUGAGGACAUCCAGCAUCAUUCAAUUUCCCCAUAGGAAAGUAUUGCAGCAAUGCUUUCCUAUGGGGAGCUCCCCCUGGCCUCCCCAUCAGGUGAUAUUGGAGGGGGCGGAGCACUGACCAAGAACUGAGGGACAUCGGCGCUGGAAUUACUAAAGGACAGUAAGGGUUUAUUAGCCCUUUGCCACUGUCUCUUACCUUAAUCCAUCGAGCCCACGUGGAGUCGGAGCUGACACCGGCUCCAAUCUUAGUGCAUUCGACAUGUCCCACGCCAGAUGCUGAAAUCACGCACCUCUUCAUGAAUCAGCGCAAAAGCGCCAACAUCAUGACAUCAAAGACACAACCCCACAUCAUCAAUACCGGCCCAGUGGUGCGGGUGGGGCGUGGUCUUAAAGCAAAAGAUGUUCCCUUAUAAAAGGCACCUUUUUCUUUGUCCCUUGCCCUAUUUGGUUCUCCUUGCAUUUGUAUUGUUUUUCCUGUGUACUGACUCGACUUGGCUUUUGACUUCCUGAUUUCUGGUAUCCUGACCCGGCUAUAGUUGUAUCAUUCUCCUGAUCUCUGGUAUCCUGAUUUUUGGCUAUUCUUCGACUGCUCCUCUGGUAUUCUGAUUUAUGGCUAUUCGCGUUUGGGUUUUCUGUGGGUUUACAUAAUACGUGUUGGGUUAUCACACAACUGUAAUACCCUUAAAUUUUCAGGGGCAAGCCGUGAAGGCAGAGGUGGGGCAAGAGGUAGCUAAAGUGCUAGAAAUAUAACUUUGUUUUCCUAGCACUAUAGUAACCAUUGAAUUAUUUUGUUAAAUUUAGGAAAUAAAGCAAUUGUGGUACAUUUUUAAUUUGCCUCAGAUUCUAGAUCGUGCAAUACAUAACAUUAGAACAAGCAAUCUAACCACAAAGUAAUACAUUUUUAUCUGACUUUAUCUAUAGGAAAAUGGCACCUGGGACUGAAUUGUGAAAACAGCAGUGAUCAUUGUCACCACCCUGUGAAUUAUGGUUUCGAUUACUUCUAUGGAAUGCCCAUGACAAAUCUGAGAGAUUGCAUACCAGGUCAUGGAAGUGUUUUCUUAGCUGGAGCAGCCAAAUUCAUCAGAACUUUGAUUCAAAUUGGAUGCAUAACCCUCGUUACAGCUACACUGUUAAAUUAUAGUGGAAUAAUUAAGAUAAACUGGAAGGUCGUUAGUUAUAUUUUGAUAUUUUUUGGAUUUCUUUUUGGAUUGGUGUUUUUGUUUUUUUGGAAUUUCCGUUACUUGAAUUGUUUUUUAAUGAGAAAUCAUCAGAUUAUUCAGCAACCUUUUAAACAUGAAAAUCUUACUCAAAGAAUGACAAAAGAGUCAGUUGAUUUUAUAAGAAGGUAUGUAUUUUAAAUAUCUCUUAUGAUGUGUGUGUGUGUAUGUCUCAAACAUGCAAAAUAGUGGGCCUCACUGUUGUUAAAGCAUUGGCAGUUUUCAAUAAUGUCCCUGGGUUUCUUUUUUAAUUUAUUAGUAUAUUGCAAUAAUAAACUCUCAUUUAGCUGUGACAAUUUUUGCACUGGAAGACCAGAGGUGGUAACUUCCAACAGUAUACAUUGAAAAAGGUAACCUCACAACGUCGCACUGCUAAAAUUUCUCCCAAUGUUGAAUUAACUUUGUAUUAGUAAACAUGUCAUAUACAGAACAAACUGAGCAAGGAUGCCAGUAACUGAAAUAUAGAACCUUUCCUCUGACCCUUGCAAUGAACGAAGUACUCGAUGCCAAAAAGAGACACAUGUAUCAUUUUUAUUUCACUUGGAUAACCACCAGUAUGUUGGAAAUAUGGAAGUAGUUGGAUAGUGCCUAGAAGUAAAGUUUAGCCAGUAUAGUACCUCAUACCUCCCAACACUGAGAGGUAUACAGAUUUGAACAGGUGGGCAGGCCGUGAGGGUGGCAUUGUCAGUGUUAUGACUAUCCAUAAUUGGUGGGCCUUCUCAGAAAGGGCGUGGGCCCAUUUAUUGAAGGGGCAUAUAGGUCUGUCAUCUAGCACACCAGAAUGACUGACCAUUUGUCUGACCGGCUCCCCCUCUUGCAGAACCAUGCGGAGAGCAGAGUUGUAGCAUAUCCUUAGGGACUGCAGCUUAACCAAGUGUUUACUGCUUGUAAUUAGGAUUCCUUUCUCGGAGAAUGCAGCAAGCAGGAUGUACCAAUGACAGUCAUAAUUCCCAAAUAAAUAAGGCAAAAGGUAAAAUAUAUUAUCUUGGUAGUCCGAAAUGUAGUACUGAAAGCACUUCUAUAAAAACUGGCUGGUAUUAUCUGCAUUCUUAUAAGUCUAAAGGCACCAAGGUAGUUUAACCCCUUAAGGCCACAUGACAUGUGUGACAUGUCAUGAUUCCCUUUUAUUCCAGAAGUUUGGUCCUUAAGGGGUUAAACAAAUAAAUAAUUUGAGCUAUAACAGAGAAGAAGCUCACAACAAGGAACAUUCUCCAAUAACAGAUGAGUCUAUAGACAGAUAGGAACUGGGAGAAGUUGGAGUAAGACAUGUGGACAUAGUAGCUUCUAACCAGACUUAACAUGCUUUAAAACAUUCAUGAUGUUAGAUUUUAUUUUAAACCACAGAAUCAUAUGUUAUAUCAAGCAGUAUUUUUCAUUCUCUGUGGUGCCCCCAGCAAACUAGGAUGAAUGAAAAGUAAGAAGCCAUCAGUUCUUUUGUUUUGUUUGUUUGUUUAUUCUGCAGUCAAAAGAUGUAGAAGAUUGGACUGUGAGUAUACUUGCAAGAACUGAUAAUUUCUAUUAGAAACCAACGAGAAGAUGAGUAUCCUUAUUUUCCGUAUUGCAAAUAAAACAGCGGUGACAGAGUAUCAGCUUUAGUGCUGCAGGUUCCAGAGUGGUUGGAAAACAUAAUAUUGGAUUAAGACAGGAAUAAAGCUGAAUAAGCCUGGUGGGGGCUGGUGAGUUCUGUCGCUCUCAGAUGUCUUCAUUAUUUGAGAGCUUGGACAAUAACCAGCACUUUUUUCCAAUAUCUUAGUUUUCCAGUGACUCACUAUACAUAUACAGUUCCCAAUGGAAAAAAAAACAACCCAUGACAUACUGUUAGUGGAUUAUGUCUUUGAGACAGAUGCCCACACCACAUGUAGAGGCAUUGAUGUCUAGAAUGAACAGGACUAGGGUGUUGAGGUGUUAAACAGAUAAAAGACUUCUGGUGCUUGUGGAGAUAAAUGAUAUAUAUCUUCUAAUUUUUGGACAUGGUGUAGAUGAGUUGCUAAAAACAAAGGGAAAAUAACUUUAAUAAACAUACAAUUAUAAUUAAAAUAAAUAAAUAAGAAACUCAAUAGGGAGUGACCAAUAAAAGGUAAAAAAAAAUGGACCGUUUAUAGAAAUCAAUGGGAAGAACUGCAAUGAAAGCAAUAUAGCCCAGAUACUGAGCUUUACCAAUUUACAGUACAAACUGUAAAGUACAAUCUGUACAAAAACAUACAAUACAAACCGUAUCAGCUUUUGUAAAACAAAUCAUACUUGCAAUACAUUCAAAAUAAAUUUGAAUAAUGAAUUAAUAUGUAUUUUAGAUAUAUGAUAAGACUGUGGGCACUCUUGGAGUAUUCCACAUUCCAGUGAGUAUGAUAAUAUAUUCAUAGUGCCCACUACAUGUAUUACCUGUCAACUUGGACACUUUUUGCUAGGUUUUUAGCCCUUCUAUGAUGAAUUUUAGUCAAAAUAGAAGAACGAUUCCAUUGUGCAUGGCUUUCAGCUACUCCAUACUACUAAAGAGUUGAAAUGUUAACAAUAGGUCCUUUCAUAGCAACUGUAGAUGAUAUACAGUUCAUAUAACUGAAAACAAGGUGUUAAGAACUUUCUUCAACACAAGCCUCAGUAGUGAUUAUAAGACAUUAUAGUUCAUUAAUUAAACCUUUCAUAGUGACAGAAGAGGGCUGGCAAAGGGGGCAUUGCCCCAGGGUCACUAUCACAAUUUAUCUUUUGAUUAAAAUUAGUAGGAUGUCUCUUGGCAGAGUACUGCAGGGGGAAGCAGUUGGCAGGAAUUGUGCAUUGCCUCGCUAGUCCAGAACUCUUUUUGAACUUGUGCAUAGGCUGAUGUCUCAGAAUCUUAGUGGUCUACAGAUAUAAACUGGUUCAUUGAGAUAUUUCUUGGGGGAUUGCAGUGUUUGAAGCUUAGCAGGCUGCCGACUAGGAUAAUUAUGUAUCAUGUGGAUACAUUUGUUUGUGUUAGCACGGUGAGAUGAGAACGUUAUAUCAAUGGUGUCUCAGAAAACAGACCCAAUCACAAAGGUAUGGAUUCAUUUCUGUGAAUAGUUCCAUCAUGCUGUGCAGGUAAUACUGAUGGUGAUCAAGCCCAUAUUUGUUUGUUUAGUCUGAAUAGGACCAUCUACAAAUAGAUCAGAGAAUUUUGUGUACAAGAAUAUUCCAUAAAUUUGGACUUGACCCCCAAGCCAAAGGUGUUUAGAGCUUCUCUAAAUUGUAUGAGAUAUAUCAGCUUUCUUUUACAAUUUACAAAACCUUUCUAAGGUUGAAAAACUCAGCAAUGUUAGCAGAAAUGCAUGAUGCAGCAUGUAACUAUUUUAAAUAUGUUGUUUUUAUCUAAUUUUAUUAUAUUUAGAGUAUAUAAAUUGUCUUGUAUUCUACAGGCCAGAGUAUUAUUUGCCUGUGAUAAAGACUGCCACUAUAAUUUAUCAUGGUAAAACUGUAAUUUCUUUUAUCAGUGCCAAAUUAUAGUUAACAAAUCCUAUAUUUUCUAUUAAGUGUCCACUGUAUUGUGCUAAACUAACCAAACUGUUUAUACUCUGGAUACAAAUGUGAUUAAUGUAGUUAAAUAAAUGCGGUUCAUAUUUUGUGAAAAAGCCCUCUGCUUUAUUUAUAUUAACUUUUGAAAUAGUUCACUCUUUGGAUUUAUCAAUGCAAUUUACUUUCUAGAGCAAACAGUUUAGUUUUUCAUUAUCAUUUAAGUUAGCAAAACAAAUAAGCAGGGUGAUAUAUAGAGACAUCAAUCUGUAAAACUCUGAUGAAAAUUCACACAGCUCAAUGGCCAGUGGAAUUAAAUGAGCAAUUUUCUUUGCCCAUCAAUUAUAAAUAGAUUUAUUUUUUGUUUUGUUUUUUUCACAGAGAAAAAAAAAUCAAUACACAUUAUUUUAGUGCUUUCUAGGCUGUAUGUUGUACAUAUUUGCACAAAAAAGUUAAAAUAUCAUAGACUACAGAAAAAUUAUGUAAUCUAAGUACCGGAUAAUAUGAUGAUUGACAGGUUAGUUAUGGGUUACAGGGUCUAUAAUUACCCAAGCAUGUUAUUUCCAUUAAUGUACUCACUAGGAAUUUUACAAUAAUAUAAAAUGUGAAUGGAUAGUAAUUAAUGUACUUUAAAAUUUAAUGCACUUAUUGCUUAAGUCUUCUUAAUAAAUGGCCUAAUUCAGACACUUCGAAAUCUGUAAAGGUCAAGAAGUGCCAUUUUUAACCUUUAGAAUUAAAAAAGCUUGUAGCAUUUAUUUGCUUAUUUUAAAAGAUACUUUUUUUUCCAAAGUCAAAGGGCUUUGCAUAGUUAUGAGAGACCAUUAAAUCUCAUUGGCUAUGGACAAAGUUAUGAACCAUCAGUUUUUAUUAAGUCAAGGAAUUAAAAUAAUGACAUGUUUUGACAUAGAGCAUAUAAAUCAAAUUAUCAUUCUUAUGAUGGAAAACAGUAAUGAGUUACAAAUCAGAAUAACAUUAUUAUGAAUCUGAAGAAGACAUUUGAGUUAUUUGCAUUGCCAUUUGAACAGUUGGAUUGCUUUAACUUGAAGAAUCAGUCUUUUUAAAAUGUGACCAUACAUAUUUUGAAAAUGCUUUGCUAGUAAAAUAUAUUAUAACAGUAAACUGUUACAUAUCUUUUAAAGUUUCACAAUGAACAUUGCCUGCAACUGCUCCUACAAGUAUAUAACUAACAGUAGGAAGAAACACUGUUACACUGGGGUACAAAGCCCAGGACUCUAGGUGGGCGACUCCAAUCUAACAUGGUGCCAGGGUCUCUGGGAGAUUUAAUCCACUUCUCUUACUCCAGCAUGAGACUCUCCAAUUAGGAGCAACUACUUUUAAACUAUGGGCCUGAUCUUUCCCUAUAAUUGCUCAGGAGCCUCUAACAUCCAUUACUCAGUGAUAUAAAUCCCCAUUGACAGCAAUGCAGUGUGAGCAGGAUUAAAUACCAGGAAAUCCAGUUAUCAAUAGAUACUUGGGGCUCCCUUCUGUCAUCUGGGGCCAUUUUGGUGACCCCAGACUUUUAGAUGAGCAGUGCAUAUAGCCCUUUACAUCUGUAGAGAACACUGUGACUGAGUGAUCAAGCUCCGCCACAGUGAUUCUCUCACUGGAUCGAGUAAUUAAGAGAUCCCUAAGGGUCUGAACAGACCUUGGAGGGUCUCCUUCUAUGCCCCAAUGGCAUUUUGAUUAGUGCUGGGCUUUGUCAGUUGCUGACAUUGCAAUGCAUUGGGCACACUGUAUUCAAUGUAAAGGAUAUGAAGCUUUCCUACUGAAAAUUGCCAGUAGAUGGAAACAUACCAUUUUGUUUUAGCCUAGAUAUCCCAUUACUUAUAUUCAUACUCAUAUUAGCAGAGAGAAACCUUUGGAAUUAGCAUUAAAUUAAGAUUAUGGUGUGACAGACCCAUCUGUAUGGACUAAAAGUACUGUGUUCGUCUGUUUUGCCAUUUGCAUGAAUUCCCCAUUCGUAUGCUUUGUUUAAGGGAAUGUCUUUUUUUUGUCGAACAAAACUACCGAACGGACGGCCACCCAGAAGAGAAGUGUGCUGCUGGUUAACCUAUUGAUCCCAAUUAGAACGUUGCGGUUAACCACAGACACUUCUCAAUUAAAACCGAAUACCGGGUGGUCGUCAUUCGUAUGUCGACCACGAGGCGGCGGCCAUUUUAAACUAAUGCGAAAGACCAGCGGUGUUCGGUUAUUUCAUGGAACUGAAAACGGACACUUUUUCAACCGAACACCGCUGAAGCCGUCGACCUACCCUUCACAAUGGACAAAAGCAUACGAAUGCCGGCCGUUCGGGAGCUUCAACAACACGAAUGGACUUAACCCAGAAAGCCUUCCCAUGGAGUCAAUCGCAUACCGAAGAACUGUAAUAAACUUUGACUCCAUAGCGAUUGAACUAUGCGAAUGGGAUCUGAGCGCUAUUCGCCAAUAAUAUGCACUCAGAUCCAGGCUAUCUGGGGAUGUGUUACACGAAUGCAAUAUGUUCGGCAAUUAGAAAGUUAUAUAUUUUAAUGUGUUUUAUAACUUUGAGUUAAAAUGGCGAUUUGCCUCUGCUCGGGGAGAUAAUUGAAUUACUUCCCAAUUAUCUCCCGAGCAGAGGGUAGGGAACUGUUGAUGCAUGCUGGGAAUAUUGUGGGGAUGUAUGUCUGAAAUGUCCCCAUGUCCUUCUGUCAUUUCAGUCUCCCAUUUGUUCCCCUAGGGGAGUGUCCACCAAGUGGGAGACCUGCAUAAAUACCGGGCAGGUAGCCCACAGUAAAUCAGUUCAUGUUUUACCCUCAAAGCGGACCUUGGUCUCGUUAUUGGGGGGAUUUUAUUACCGGGGCCUAGAGACUGCUUAUUGGAAUUAUUUGCCGCUUGGAAGAUAUUGGCGUUCGGCUAAUAUUGUCAGUUUGUGGAUUUGGAGUUUGUGAAGGGAAAGAGCCAUACAGUUACCGUUCGGGAGUUUGGAGUGUUCCCUAGCUGGCGGUUCGCAUGGUUAUACUGUACACGCUACCAGACCCCAUUAUUGCGAACGGGGAGCAUUCACUAAACGGCGGUUUGCACAUUUAUUACUGGAGGUACCGUAACAUAUGGAUUACGAUUAGGUUUAGAAUAAAUAUUAGGUUUAUAUUUUAGGAUUGGUAUUAGAGUUCAGAUUAGGGUUUUGAUUAGCAUAAGGGUCAGAAAAGGAAUCCCUCUGCUGAUAUUCCUCUGCUAACAUCAGCAGAGUAAAUAUUACUAACACUAUUUAUAGGGUUAGAAACAUAGAAACAUAGAAUGUGACGACAGAUAAGAUCCAUUCGGCCCAUCUAGUCUGCCCAAUUUUCUAAAUACUUUCACUAGUCCCUAGCCUUAUCUUAUAGUUAGGAUAGCCUUUUGCCUAUCCCAUGCAUGCUUAAACUCCUUUACUGUGUUAAUCUCUACCACUUCAGCUGGAAGGCUAUUCCAUGCAUCCACUACCCUCUCAGUAAAGUAAUACUUCCUGAUAUUAUUUUUAAACCUUUGUCCCUCUAAUUUAAGACUAUGUCCUCUUGUUGUGGUAGUUUUUCUUCUUUUAAAUAUAGUCUCCUCCUUUACUGUGUUGAUUCCCUUUAUAUAUUUAAAUGUUUCUAUCAUAUCCCCCCUGUCUCGUCUUUCCUCCAAGCUAUACAUGUUAAGAUCCUUUAACCUUUCCUGGUAAGUUUUAUCCCGCAAUCCAUGAACCAGUUUAGUAGCUCUUCUCUGAACCCUCUCUAAGGUAUCAAUAUCCUUCUGAAGAUACGGUCUCCAGUACUGUGUACAAUACUCCAAGUGAGGUCUCACCAGUGUUCUGUACAAUGGCAUGAGCACUUCCCUCUUUCUACUGCUAAUACCUCUCCCUAUACAACCAAGCAUUCUGCUAGCAUUUCCUGCUGCUCUAUUACAUUGUCUGCCUACCUUUAAGUCAUUGGAAAUAAUCACCCAUAAAUCCCUUUCCUCAAUUGUUGAGUUUAGAACUCUUGGGUUUUUACGUCCAAGAUGCAUUAUCUUGCACUUAUCCACAUUAAAUGUCAGUUGCCACAAUUCUGACAAUUUUUCUACUUUACCUAAAUCAUUUGCCAUUUGGCUUAUCCCUCCUGGAACAUCAACCCUGUUACAUAUCUUAGUAUCAUCAGCAAAAAGACAUACCUUACCAUCAAGACCUUCUGCAAUAUCACUAAUAAAAAUAUUAAAGAGAAUGGGUCCAAGUACAGAUCCCUGAGGUACCCCACUGGUGACAAGUCCAAGCUUCGAAUAUAUUCCAUUAACUACAACCCUCUGUUGCCUGUCACUCAGCCACUGCCUUACCCAUUCAACAAUAUUGGAAUCCAAACUUAAAGAUUGCAGUUUAUUGAUAAGCCUUCUAUGUGCAACAGUGUCAAAAGCCUUACUGAAAUCUAGGUAAGCAAUGUCUACUGCACCACCCUGAUCUAUAAUUUUAGUUACCCAAUCAAAAAAAUCAAUAAGAUUAGUUUGGCAUGAUCUCCCUGAAGUAAAUCCAUGUUGUCUCUGAUCUUGAAAUCCAUGUGUUUUAGAUGUUCAACAAUCCUAUCCUUUAACAUGGUUUCCAUCACUUUCCCCACUACUGAAGUAAGGCUUACUGGCCUAUAGUUGCCAGACUCCUCCCUAUUACCUUUCUUGUAAAUGGGCACAACAUUCGCUAACUUCCAAUCUUCGGGGACUACUCCUGUUAAUGAUUGGUUAAAUAAAUCUGUUAAUGGUUUUGCUAGUACACCACUACGCUCUUUUAAUAGUUUUGGGUGUAUUCCAUCAGGUCUCAUUGACUUAUUUGUCUUUACUUUUGACAGUUGAAAUAGAACCUCUUUCUCUGUAAACUCACGUGUAAUAAAUGACUCAUUUAUCUUUUUUCUCAACUGAGGUCCUUUUCCUUCAUUUUCAUCUGUAAAUACAGAACAAAAAUAUUCAUUGAGGCAGUCAGCUAGACCUUUAUCCUCUUCUACAUACCUUCCUUCUUUUGUUUUUAAUUCAACUAAUCCUUGUUUUACUAUGUAUCUAAAACAUGUUUUGUCCCCCUUUUUUACUGACUGUGCUAUUUUCUCUUCUGUGUGUGAUUUGGAAGCUCUUAUGACUUGCUUAGCCUCUUUCUGCCUAAUCUUAUAGAUCAUUUUGUCUUCCUCACUCUGAGUUUUUUUAUAAUUCCUAAAUGCUAACUUUUUGUUUUUAACUAUUUUGGCCACAUCUGCGGAGUACCACAGUGGUUUCUUGAAUUUUUUGCUUUCACUGACAAGCCUAAUGCAAUUUUCAGUUGCCUUCAAUAGUGCAACUUUUAAAUAAUACCAUUUCUCUUGGACUCCAUUUAAAUUGCUCCAGUCUGAUAAUGACUCCUCUACACAUAUUCUAAUUUUAGAAAAAUCUGUUUUUCUAAAGUCUAAAACUUUUGUUUUUGUGUGGUGUGACUCAGUCACUGUUCUUAUAUUAAACCACACUGACUGAUGAUCACUGGAUCCUAAACUUUCACCUUUAGGAAUGAGAUUAGGAUUAAUGUUAUAACUAGGAUUAUAUUUAGGAUUAAGAUGUGGUUUAGAAUUAGGGUUUGCUCAAGGAUUAAAGAUUUAUACUGGGAUUAAGAUUGUUACUUUGGAAAGGUAUACAAAUGUGGCAUUGUUGUACUCAGCAGAUGUUGCUGAGUACAGUUAAGAUAAUUGUAUUACAGUGGGGCACAUGAUAUUUAAAUAAUAAGCAGAAAAAUAUGUGUAUGUAUGAAUAAAAUUUCAAUAAAAAUGCUAUCCCAAACUUGGAAAAAAGUAAUGAAAAACUGACACCUCAAAAAAACUCAAAAUAUAUCAUGUGAAAAUCGCUGACAAUGCACUUACUGACAGCUGUGAAGUCCCUAGUCCCUGGCCUCUGGAAGCAGCCUGGUGUGCCAACCUUUCAGCAUUGGGUGACCAAAGCUGAGGAGAUACACGCCAUGGUAUAUCAUGUAAUGUGACAACCAUUAUGGUACUCAACAUGUUCAGACAACAUUUUCUCUGAUGUCAGCUCUGAUGAAUUACAUUAUCUUCUAGCCUUACAAUUGCUUUUGCUAGUCUGUUUUGUUUUGUUUUUUGUCUACAAUUAUGCCAGAUUAUCAUCUUUUUUUUGUUUAGCACACGCCACAAGUCAUGUUUUAACGUAGCAUCUUUUUAGAAGAACUUUAGCAGGGUAAUGAAACAACAUAAUAGAAAAAAAAAGACAAUCAAACUGUCACUGUUGAAAUCAGAGGAAAAGGAAGUGACAAAAAAAAUGAUGGCCUCAAUUUAAUCUUUUUGGAUAUGAGUUGUUUUUGGAUAAACUUUUAAAAUAAUUUAAUAUUUUGCAAAUUUUGAUAUAUUGAUGUUUUUAUUGAUAUGUUUAAAAAAAUAAUUUUAAAAGUUUCAUCAAAAAUAUUUGAUUACUUGAAAAGUUUAUCCAAAUAGAUUAAAUUAAUGGGUGGUUUUGAUGACCAACACAGUCUACAGUUAGGCCCGGAAAUAUUUGGACACCGACACAAUUUUCAGAACUUUGGAUCUGGAUGCCACCACAAUAGGUUUGCAAGUGCAGACUUUCAGCCUUAAUUAAAGAGGUUGAACAAAAAUAUUGUAUGAAACAUUUAGGAAUUGCAACAAUUUUCAUACACAGUCCCCUUGUUUCAGGAGCUCUCAUGUAAUUAACAAAAUCAUAAAUAAAAUAUAAAUUUUUGAUAUUUUGUUGAGAAUCCUUUGCAGGCAAUGACUGGUUAAAGUCUGGAAUUCAUGGACAUCACUAAACACUGGGUUUCCUCCUUUGUGUUGUUUUACAGGCCUUUACUGCAGCUAUAUUUAAUUGUUUUGUUGUUUGUGGGUCUUUCUGCCUUAUGUUUUGUCUUUAGCCAGUGAAAAACAUGCUUGAUCGGGUUGAGAUCAGGUGAUUGAUCUGCCAUUGCAGAAUAUUACACUGCCUUAAUAAACUCCUGGGUUGCUUUCACAGUGUGUUUUGGGUCAUUGUCCAUCUGUAAAGUGUAGCGCCAUCAUAUCAACUUUGCUAAAUCUGAAUAUAUAAUAUAUCCUUAUACACUUCUGAAUUCAUCCAGCUGCUUCUGUCUUGUAUUGCAACAACAAUGAACACUAGUUACUCAGUACCAGUGGAAGCCAUGCUUGCCCAUGCCAUCACACUGCCUCCACAGUGUUUUACAGAUGAUGUGGUAUGCUUUGGAUCAUGAGCUGUUCCACACCUUCUUUAUACUUUUUUCUUCCCAUCAUUGUUGUACAGGUUGAUUUUAGUUUCAUCUGUGCAAAGAAUAGUGUUCUGGAACUGGGCUGGCUUUUUUAGAUGUUUUUGGCAAAGUCUAAUCUGGCUUUUCUAUUCUUGAGGCUUAUGAAUGGUUUGCAACUUGUGGUUAACGCUCUGUAUUUGCUCUUGUGACAUCUUUGAUUUAUAGGAGACUUGGAUAAUGAUAUGCCUACCUCCUGGCAAGUGUUCUUCACUUGGCUGGAUAUUGUGAACGGAUUUACUUUACCAUGGAAAGAAUUCUACGAUCAUCCACCUCUGUUGUUUUAUGUGACUUCUUGGCCUUUUUGAGUUGCAGAUCUUACCCAGGGGCGGGCUGGGCCGGGGGGCAGGGAGGCAAUUGCCCCCCAGGUCACCCCUGGUUAGAUCCGGUCACGCCGUAAGGGCGCCCGCCUGAAUACCAUUUUCCGUUGUUCAGACAUUAACUGUCGGGACCAGCAGGCAUCAGUGCACCCUCCUGUCAGUCCGCCGGAGCCACAGGUUACCAGAAACCCGUCCACGCUGGAGUUUCCUGUUUUCCGUAAUCGUCGGAUUAUAUAGCACACCAGAGUGCGCACCUCCCAUCAGUCCCGGCCACCUGACCGGGCCAACGUACAGGAGGAGGAGAGAGGGGUGGAAGCGCAAUAUGAGGGGAGCAAGUGGCUGGGAGAGGGGGAGGCGAAGGGGAGAGGGGGGAAAGGAAGGGAGGGGGAGGCGAAGGGAGGGGGGCGGAAGGGAGGGGGGAGGCGGAAGGCAGGGGGGGAGGCGAAGGGAGGGGGGAGGCGAAGGAAGGGGAGGCAGAAGGAAGUAAAGGGCAAGGGGAGGGGGAGAAGUAAGUGAAGGGGAGGUUGUAAAGGGGAAAGCAAGGGAGUGGAGAAGCAAGGAAGGGAGGAGGAAAUAGUGAAGGGGAGUGGGGGAGCAAGGAAGGGGAGAAGCAAGAAGGGGAGGGGGAGUAAAAUGAAAGGGGGGGAGAAGUAAGGAAGAGGGGGAAGCAAGUGAGAGGGGACGGUUGGGGGGGAGAAAGAAGGAGGGGGGGGAGAAGGAGUGGGAAAGGGUGAAGAUGGGGGAUGUAAAUGAAAGAGGGGGGAGUAAGUGAAGAGGGGGGUGUAAGUGAAGGAGGGGGGAGAGAAGGAGGAGAAGGGGGAGUAAGAAAGAGGAGGAGGGGGAGUAAGAAGAAGAAGGGGGUAUGAAAAACGGGGGGUAAGAAGAACAAGGGGGGAGUAAGAAGAACACAAGGAGGAGGGGGGAGAGUAAGAGGGAGGAGAAGGGGAGAUGAGGAGAAGGGGGGGACUGAGAAGAACACAGGGAGGGUGGGUGGUGAGGAGGACACAGGGAGGAGAGGACACUACGCGUACACACACACACAAUGCAUCCCUAUACAUACACAGAAACACACAAUGCAUCCCUACACACACACAGAAACACAACAUACUUCCCUUACACACAGAGAAACACAACAUGCAUCCAUUACACACACACAAUGCAACACUUACACACAAAGACAAUGUAUCCUUUGCACACAUACACAGAAACACAUAAUGCAAACCCUUACACACACUGCUUUUCUUACAUACACACAGAAACACAAUGCAUCACUAACACACACUCAGUGCACACACUUACAGACACACACCUUGCAUCCCUUAUGCAUACAAACACAGAUUCACACAAUGCAUCCCUUACACACAACCAGAAACACACAAUACAUCCCUUAUACACAAAUACACACUGCUUCCACUACACACAAACACACUGCAUCACCUGCACAAACUGGUAUCCCUAUACACUACAUACCAUAAGCACACAUAUUAGAUCCUCUACAAUAACACAUAACACAUCCCCUACACACUCCACUCCCUGUGAGCGAACUCAUGGGUGGGUGGAACAUAUAAGUGGACUUAUGAGCCUUUGUGGGCAUACUCACCGUCAGGCCCUGGGGCCCAGAACUUGAGCUGUGUAAGGGGCCCCCAAAAAUGGAGCUGCUUCCAAUUCUCCCAGAACAUUGAAUUUUGUGACCACAGUUGCAAACAGCCUCCAGAGAUCCUGUUCUACACCAGACCAGUGGAGCCAAACUGCAGUCCAUCAUCAUCCUCAUCUGGUUGUAAGUAGGCAAUCUAGUAUAUUAUUAGUGACACUAAUCUAUAAUUUACCUCACAUUAAAGGGACACUAUAGUCCCCAGAACAACUGGAGCUUAAUGAAGUGGUUCUGGUGUCUAUAGCCGGCCCCUGCAGGCCUUUUAAUGUAAACACACACUGUGGGCAGCACUGGCGUUCGUAUGGCAGCUCAUAUAGGUGGGGCAUUGUGAUGUCACAUGGGGGGCGGCAAAUACAGCUGUUCCCCAUGCUGCCACAGGUGCCACUGUACUGUGAGAUUGUGAUUACUCUUCACUUCCUCCCAGCUUACAGAGCAGCGCAUGGGAGAGAGAGAGGAGGAGGCAUGAUUUAAUCUUACAACAAAUCCAGUAAGCAAAUCUUUAUAAAUUUGGGUGGGAUCAGCUCUGUUUCCACAGUUUAUUGGUGUUUACUCUGAUGUCUGUAUUAAUAUUGAGGGAUUUCUAAGUAGUAACAUUAGUGUGUGUCAACAGGGCCAGCCGUUGGGGUGUGCACGCUGUGCGGUCACGCAGGGUGCCAUCACAACAGAGGCGCCCAGCGGACAAUACAGCUCACAAGUUGGGGACACCAGCCUAUUCAAUUUAAACGAUUCGCUGGUGGUCCACUGGUGCGCACCAGCAGUAGGUGCAGUCAGAUUAUAGCCUCUCCCUUGUGGUUCCGGCGCUCAGUUAGUGAGUCAGAGCACAGGCUCAGAGAUUCUCAGCCUGCGCUCUGACAACAUUGAAAGUCAGAGCCGUGAAGGAGCGGAUAUGGCAAAGAGCUACUGAUUAGCUGGGCACCAUUGCACUGAUUUGGUGGUGCAAUGGGCCACUUGACUGGUUUUGCCCCCCAGGCCUAAGGCUGCCAGCCCUCCCCUGAUCUUACCGGUGCAUUUUUUUUUUCUCAGAAUGUACAAAACUGUUAAUUUGGCUACUCCGAUUAUUCCUGCUAUCUCUAGGAUAGAUUUUUUUUUGCAUCCUAAGGAUUGCCUGUUUCACUUGCAUUGAGAGCUCCUUUAACUGCAUGUUGUUGGUUCAAAGCAGCAACUCCAAAUGCAAGUUCCACAUCUAGAAUCAACUCCAGACCUUUUACCUGCAUAAUUGAUGAAUAAAUAAUGAAGGGAGAGCUCACAACUGUUCAUGAAACAUCUUUUGAGUCAAUUGUCCAAUUACACAUUAAUGAGCUGUAAUUCCUAAACCUUUCUUCCAAUUUCAAUGUGAAUGUGCUCAGAUUAAAGCAGAGAGAUGGCACUUUAAGCCCAUAUUCUUUAUUUAACUGUAACUUCAAUGUAUUUUGGUAAACAGCAGAAAUAACAAAACUUGUGUUUGUGUCCAAUUUUUUUCAGACCUUACUGUAUGCAUUUAAAUAUUUGUUUAAGUAUAUUUAUUUGAACAAUUAGGUUGUAUGUAUUAAUUUAUAUGACUUGUCAAUGGUGCAUUUUUAAACAGUUUAGCAUAUUUCCUUAUUUAGAUUUUUCUUUUUGUAUAACCUUUCUUUGUUUUAAAUCCAUUGUUAUUGAAUAUUAUUCUACAACAUGUCUUUCCGUAGCUCUGGUGUACAUUUAGAUGUGGUGUAAGUCACAUAGUUUGUAAGGAAAUGGCAAUGAUGCAUGGCUAAAUGUUCCUAACUUCUGCUAUUUUGCGAUUACUUCUAGAUUUUAAUCAGACCCUGAAUGUUUCUAAUUAUUUAACAAAGUAAACAUUCUCAGAGUAUCAUCAUUCCUGAAGUUUUUAUCUUGUUUGUGUCUUAUUUUCCGAGACACAAUAUUGCCAAACAUAAGUGACCUUCUUUAACAAGCUUUCUAUUUGGCUUGAAGUUAGGUUUUGCAUAUCUAAUUAUUGGGGGGGAAAAAGUCAUUAAAGGAAAAUUGAGUUGCUUGGAAAUUGAUGCUAAUUCCCAUAAUUUACUUGGCAGUAAGCUAAUAUUUUAGGGGAAAAAAUUAUAAAUGUAACUGCCAUAACCUAUACAUAACUAAUACUGACAUUUUAUUGAGUAUAGCGUUUUGAUUUGAAUGUCCAUUGCUAGUGAAAAUAUUAGUGUAAUAAUUAAAAAUAAAAAUUAUAUAUUUUAAUGUGAGAACAAAAAUUUGUUAUGUGAUAUAGGGUCAAAAUUCCUAUAUAGAAUGUAAAGAAUCCAUUGGUGUCUUUUUAAGAGUCUUGGUGUACUUUGUUAUGGUAAAUUGUGGAUUCUGAAACAGUGCGCAGAGUAUACUGGAAGAUAUUUAGCAAAUUCUGACUAACAAAAAAAAUCAGCUAUCUAAAUAUUACUUUGGCAAGCAAUGAUUACAAUUGGACCAAAAAAAUGGCCAUUAGUCUUAACUUGUCAUAUUUCAGCUGUCCUAAACAAACAGUCUUUUUCUCGGAAUCAAUUGGCAUAUGGUUAUCUCAUCAGGUUUAAGGUGUCUAUUAAACCAUUAUACCCAUUCCUUACAAAUUUUAGGUUUCAACCAGAAAAUAGUUUUCAAAGUUCUACCAGAGUUCGCUUUAAAACAUAAUUAAAAAUUGAAUCAGUUCAACAAAAUGUUUCUCCUGUGUCUAGUACUAUUCUACAUCAUACUUUAAACAAUGAUAUUACAAAAUUCUGUAGUUUUUAUCUAGACCCAGUUUGGCUUAAGUUGAGUCCCAUUAAAAUCAUCUGAGAUUUAGUCUGACAUGUACAACUGAUUGGCAAAUUGCCAGUUGACUUACCGUGUUUCCCCGAAAAUAAACCCUACCCCGAAAAUAAGCCCUAGUCGGAUUUUCGGGGUGGGCUGCAAUAUAAGCCCUACCCCGAAAAUAAGACCUAGGCAUUGUACCUUUGCGGCAAGACUUCCUUCUUCUACUGUAGGAGGAGCGUUGUGGGCCGCGUCAUCGCGCAACGUGAUGACGACAUUUCGCAGCGCCGUCAGUCUGCCUUCACGGAUCUUCAGCGGAAGGAUCCAUUUCCGGGCGGUGAGGCUCCCAGUGGUCGGACUCGGCAAGGAAUCUUUGAAAUGUGAGUACCGCUAGAUAUUUUAUGUCUGGGACUGAAUUAAUUAAAGGGGGGGUGAAUUAAUUAAAGGGUGGGCUGGAUUAAUUAGAGGGGGGUGAAUUAAUUAAAGGGGUGGUGAAUUAAUUAAAGGGUGGGCUGGAUUAAUUAGAGGAGGGUGAAUUAAUUAAAGGGGGGUGAAUUAAUUAAAGGGUGGGCUGGAUUAAUUAGAGGGGGUGAAUUAAUUAAAGGGGUGGUGAAUUAAUUAAAGGGUGGACUGGAUUAAUUAGAGGGGGUGAAUUAAUUAAAGGGUGGGCUGGAUUAAUUAGAGGGGGUGGAUUAAUUAGAGGGGGGUGGAUUUAUUAAAGGGGGGGUGGAUUAAUUAAAGGGGGGGUUCAACGUACAUACCGGUACCGUAAAUAAGCCCUACCCUGAAAAUAAGCCCUAGUGUGUUUUUUGUGACUAAAAUUAAUAUAAGACCCGGUCUUAUUUUCGGAGAAACACGGUAACAACCUAUUUCUACAUUAGCAGAACUCUCCACAGUUUUACCAAUGGACUACUUGUUCUUUGAUAUAGUGAGUUGGAAACCAUAUUUUAACGUCUGUGCUUAUAUUUUGUAUGAAUCAUCACUAACAUUUUUUAAGAACAACUAUUAAGUGGAUACUGUAGGCACUAGAAACCUUUAAUCUCAUUGAAGUGGUGAUGGUGCCCGGAGUCUCCCAACAUCAUCCCUCCAUUCGGUGGUAAAACUUUUUUGUAUGGUCUAACACUGACCACCCACAAUGCAGACUUUACUGAACAUAUGGCUAAGGCAGAGGUUACACUGAGAUGAAGUGGUUUCAGUGCCUAGAGUGUCCCAUUUAAAAAAAAUAAAAUAAAAGUAUGACUGGCUUAGACGUAUGUUCUCUAUCAUUUAAUGUUGUAUUUCAAUACUUUAUUUGUUUUUUUUUAAUAACCUAAUUACUAAUUUAAUCAUUUUGCAGGAACAAAUAUAAACCAUUCCUCCUAUUUGUGUCCUUUGCUCAAGUCCAUACAGCUCUCUACACUGAACAGAGAUUUAGAGGAAAAAGCAAACAUGGUCUGUAUGGAGAUGCAAUUGAAGAAGUAGAUUGGAGUGUAGGUAAGAUAUAA